UCCAUUUCUUUGUUUCUCCUCCAUGUGUUGUUAAUGAGUUUCAGAGACGCCACCUAGAAUUUAUAAUGUACUGUUAAUCGUGUGUUUGAUUUUGCUGCAUUUAAAGAAUAUAAGCAGGCAUACAUUUCGUCAUAUUUUUUAAAUGCAACGAGAUGAAAAUAAUCAGUUGCUCAUUUCCCCCAGCUUACGAAACCGUUGGAUGUUAUAAGGACACCGCAAAUCGAACAAUCUCAAGUCUAGAAGGACAGGACCCAAUUUUAGAUGGACCAUUCACGGAACGAGAAAACGCCAUUUCCAAAUGCGCGUCGGCUGCCAUCAAAGCGGGUUUCAUUAUUUUUGCAAUUCAGGAUGGUGGUCAGUGUCUCUCAAGUGCCACAGCACCGCAAACGUUUGACAAAUAUGGAGAAUCAAAUGAUUGUCAGUCUGAUGGGGAAGGAGGAGUGAUGGCCAAUCACGUUUAUUACAUCAAAGGUACGAUAUAUGGGCUACAUAGGUUUAUUGUUCAUCCAAAAUAUUUCACCGUCUCUGAUUGGCUCCAAUCUUUCGGCCAUUUUUUCAUAAGCAACUGGCAGUUAUCAUAUUUGGAAGAUGCGAGCAAUGUAUCAUCGAUGCGAUGGUAUAUUUAGGUUGUUCGAUGGUAUAUUUGCCUGAAAUCGAGGCUGCUUAAGUGACAGUAAAUUAAUAAACGGCGUUCUCGGCUUUCCAAAAAACUAAAGACUAAGUUUUCAACAUAGUGUACGAGGAUUUAUGCUCACUUUACUAGAACUAAGAAACAUUUUGAAUGAAUAAUAAAACAAUUAUUGAAUUGGGCUUUCGUAUGAUGUGAAGAAUUAUGCUAAUCUCGGAGGCUGUUAUCCACCUCGGCCAAAAACAUUCUUCUCGACCUGCAUAAUUAUUCACAUGAACCAUUCAGCGUCAUGCAAUAAUGAUGUUUAAUGUACCACUCUGAGGGUUGUGGUUUCAAGCGGUUUAGUCUUGGAUAGGGUCAUAGAAUUCAGGGCGUUUUGGUCUAGAACUGGGUAUCAUUUUCCAGGAAACUGAACAAAUGGUUGAUGACUUUAGUCUGGACUUGGGAAACUGCGAAUUGACACCUAAAACAUGAAAUCCGAAAAUUCAAAGUUGCUGAAAACUCAGUUUAAUAGCAAAAGCGUCGACCUUGGUAUUGUCUGGAAAUAGCGACUAAAGGAUGGGAAGGAUUUUGGGAGUUUUAAUAGUCAGGUAUAGUGUAACAAAAGUCAGCUAAACUAAAUCUGGUAAGAGUCAAGAGAGGAUCUCUUGAUCUGCUAUAGACUAUAAGGGUUCCACGGUCUUAGUAGUAUAUCCCCGAUCUUAAGUAGCACCUUAGGAUUUGCAGACUGCAACAAUCAUCUUACGAAAUGAAGCAGUUGAGAGAAUUUCGCGACACAACCAGAGUCGCACUGAACAAUAGAAAUCGCGGGAUAGUCGGUGGGAAACAAGAUCUCAAACAUACUGCAGAAGCUUAUCGUCAAACGUUGGAGAGCGAUUUCCACCUGGAAAAUUGCUAUUCGGUUGAUGAGUAUUACGAGAACCAAUUGUGCGCUAUCCUUUAGAUAGUAAUUUAUCCAUUGGAUAGCACUUUCCACCUUUUUGACCGCAACUGGGACCAGAUGUCUUUCUGUAUAACGGCAAAAGUUUUGCUUACCGUAUUUAUUCGAUUAACCGCCCUAGGCGCUUAUUACAUUUUUGGGCCUUGAGAGUGGGCGCUUAUUCAAGGCUGGGUGCUUAUUAAUUUUUCACCAUUUUCAUCAAGUGUAGUUUGUUUAUUUUGCAACAAAGCCAUAAAUGGUAAUAACGAAACGCGAAGAUGUAACAAAGCAAGGUUACUGUGAAGUGGCCAAUUAAAUGAAACCUGAACACAAGUGGACGGGGCUUAAUUACGCGGGAUGACGUAGUCAGCUAGGGUCAUUAAUUCGGUUAUGCAUUCCUUUCGUAUUUUUUGGUAAUUAACUAGUACCAACGCAAUUUCCAUUUUUCAGGAUAUGAGAGCGUUGGAUGCUACAACGAUACCAUCGAUCGAGCAAUUCCAUCCCUGGAGGGGAUGGAUCCUAUUUUGGACGGAGAGUUCUACGUUAGAAAAAAUGCUAUUGCCAAGUGUGCGAUUGCUGCAAUAAGAGCAGGUUACAGUAUGUUUGGUGUUCAGUUUGGCGGCUGGUGUGCAUCCAGUGCGUCAGCUCCACAGACAUUUGACAAAUAUGGGGAAUCUAACGACUGUGAAGCUGAUGGCGAAGGCGGACGUUUUGCCAAUCAUGUUUAUACAGUAAUAUAGAGCACCUCUAUGGGUACCUGUGUACGUCGCUUUCGUCGCGAAAUCCUAAGAUCAAAAUUUGAAUUCUCAUUUGUUAUACCCCUAUUCAUUUCCUACAGAAGUAGUAGCGAGAAGUAGAUAAAAUAUCAAAUAAAUUAAUCUUGGAGUGUGUAAUCAUGUCCGUAAUCCUCAUAGCCACUCUGUUUUACAAAGCAUUGAAUUUUACAAGGAGAAAUUUCAUGGGAUAUUUUUUGUAUGAGCUUUGUGAGAGGUUUUAUUAGUACUUACAAUAAAGUCUUUUCGUGGCUUGGUUCAGUUAACUUGCGAUACAGCGGUAAAUUUAUAAUCAAGGAGUACAUUAAGCGAGAAAAUUCAUGUUCCCUUAUAUCGAGGAUCAUCGGUCUGCUAUUCAAUGACCACUGCUUUGCAUAUAGGAUCGUCUGGAUUUUGAGGGUACUUCUUUGACCAGUAAAUGUAAUGCACCCAGACAUUCAUCUUGGGGAAAUUUGUUCGCUAAAAGUGAAAUAAAAAUGUGAGGGUCACAUGCACCUUAGAGAAAGGAAGAAACAAACUUAACAGUAUUAAUUAUAAAUAAUUAUAAUAAUUAUUAUUUUUUUUUCAUAAACACAUAAUAGGAUAAAUCAUAAGAGCAUGAGUAAAAGUCAUCAAAUAACGUUUCUGUUAGCAUUUCCUUAUUUGAACAGAAAGUAAAAUUACUUAAUAGAUAAUGAGGAACUGAAGAAUGGGCGGUCAAUUGCUGUUAUAAUAAAUAAUAAGUAAUAACAAGAGAGGAUAAUAAUAAUAUUAAUAAUAAUAAUUAAGACGAAGAAUGUCAAUCGUAAGAUAAUGAUAACAAGUAGGGAAAAAAGUUGAAAAAUUAUUAAACUAGGAGUAGUCGGAGCUUAGAAGAGUGCGUUCUAUAUGUUAGUAAGGCGUACAGGUAGCAGUUGAGGAGGAAGGGUGGAUGGUUAUUGCGAUAGAUUAAGCCCGAUUUCCAUAUGAACGUUACGAUCGCUGUGAUCGCUGCGAUCACUGAGAAAAAAAGUUCAGCGAUCAUAUGGAAACCACUCUCCAUCGAUCGCUGUGACAACGAUCGCUGAGAUGGAACUUUUUAUAUCUUAGCGAUUGUUCAGUCGCUGCGAUCGCUGCGAUCGCUGCAGGAGAGUGGUUCCAUCACAGGGGGCCCACACAAUCUGUUUGUGUAGCCGAUUGUUAUUUUAUAGUAAAGGUACUGGAUUUACCGUUUGCUUCACCUAUAGCGAUAUAUCGCUAACUAUGUAUAUAAAUCAAUCAUAAAUAAACGUUGAAUUACCCUACCUGUGGUUUAUAGUCGUCCUUUUGCCUCAAAAGCGGAUUUUUGAGCGAUUUUGAAUGAACUUGAGUUCGCCGUUGACUGUUCCAUAUAAUACAAGGACUUUUUUCAGGAUAUGAUAGCGUUGGAUGCUACAGAGGUACCGGCGAUCGCGCAAUUCCACCCCUGGAGGGGAGGGAUCCUAUUUUGGACGGACACUACCGAGUUCGAAAAAAUGCAAUUGCCAAGUGUGCGGUAGCUGCAAUAAGAGCAGGUUACAGUAUUUUUGGUGUUCAGAAUGGCGGAUGGUGUGUAUCUAGUGCUUCAGCUCCCCAAACAUUUGACAAACAUGGGGAAUCUAACGCUUGUGGAGCUGAUGGCGAAGGUGGACCUUGGGCCAAUCAUGUUUAUACUUUAAUAUAGAGAACCUCUAUGGGUACCAGUGUGUACGUCGCUUUCGUCGCAAAACCCUAAAAUCAAAAUUUGAAUUCUUAUUUGUUACCUCUACUCAUUUCCACAGAAGUAGUGACUAGAAGUUGAUAAAAUAUCAAAUAAAUUAAUCUUGUGUGAUCAUAUCCGUAAUCCUCAUAACCACUCUGUUUUACAAAGCAUUGAGUUUUACAAGGAGAAAUUUCAUGCUGAUCACUCUUAGGGCUUAAAGGGUUAUCCUUUAAGAUCGUCCUCCAAACAAUAGCGAUCGUUGCGACUUUGAUUUCGUCGGAAUAGAGAGCCUCAAUAUAAAAGAUACAGAAUCGAAUGUCUUCGUGCUCCCGGUAGGUUCAAAAGUUUAAUAGUACGUACGGUCCACCGGAUAACUCACUUUAUAUCCGGUUGAUACGUAUUAGGGAAACCAAUUGUGUUAUCCACUGGACAGAAGUUAAGAUCAGUAGAGAAUGAUCUGUUAAUUAACACCCGUAAUAAAGAAAGCUUGUAAAAACUUUUGAUGAUCAAGUUAAUAAAACAGUUACUACGUAGUUGAUUCCAGAUCAGUAAAAAAAAAAAAAUAUCACUCAUCUCAAAGUUGAGUACAAAUUGUAAUACUUAAUUAAAUUCCAUUUUACCGAUACAAACACGACCCAAAAAAGAAUGAUUAAAGAGUACGGAAUUUCAGAGUAUUCGAAUAUUACAUUUUGAGACUUUUUCAUCUCCCCCCUCAUUUUAUAAGCUUUUUUUAGAUCUACUCAAUACCAGGGUGAUUUCGUAAUUCGUACUUUUUAAAUACCCCCCCCCACACUUUUUUCUAUUGGCACAACAGAGUGUGUAACCUGGAGCGACCCUUAGACCCUCUUUUAAUCAGGCAACGCACGUAUGCACAAGACAAGAAAAAAAAAACGGAUAUUUUUUGUAUGAGCUUUGAGAGGGGUUUUAUUAGUACUUACGAUAAAAUCUCUUCCUGGCUUGGUUCAGUUGACUUGCGAUAUAGCAGUAAAUUUAUAAUCAAUGAGUACAUUAAAGCGAGAAAAUUCAUGUUCUCUUAUAUCGAGGAUCAUCGGUAUGCUAUUCAAUGACCACUGCUUUGCAUAUAGGAUCGUCCGGAUUUUGAGGGUAUUUCUUUGACCAGUAAAUGUAAUGCACCCAGACAUUCAUCUUAGUGAACUUUGUUCGCUAAAAGUGAGAAAAAAAAAGUGAGGGUCACAUGCACCUUAGAGAAAGGAACAAACAAACAAACAAACAUAAUAAUAAUUUAAUAGUAAUAAUUAUAAACAAUUAUAAUAAUUAUUAAUCGUUAUUUUCAUAAACACAUAAUAGGAUAAAUCAUAAGAAGAUAUCUUAAAGUCAUCAAAUAACGUUUCUGUUAGCAUUUCCUUGUUGGAACAGAAAGUAAAAUUACUUAAUAUAUAAUGAGGCACUGAAGAAUGGGCGGCCAAUUGCUGUUAUAAUGAGUAAUAAGUAAUAAUAAUAAUAAUAAUGACAAUAAUAAUAAUAAUAUUAAUAAUAAUAAUAAUAAUAAUAACAAUAAUAAGAAUAAUAGUCUAAGGUCUUUGUGGCCCACAGUUUCUGAGUAAUUCGCCAAAACGUUUCACACACCUUAGUAGAGCUUUGUAAGGAGACGCCACAUGGUGUACAGUUUUGGUGCACCAAUAUGGCCGCCGGAAAUCAACAAAAACAUAUGCAGUUCACUUUUUCUAUAAAAACUCUUUCUUUUCACUCGAAAACUAGCAUACGAGAGUAUAUACAUAUCUUCUAAUACUUGAGAUGGCUAUACCGCUGAAAAUCAAGAGGAGAGACUUUUUUUUCAACGAGACAGCAUUCCUAUUUUGUUGUCACGCACUGUGAAAAUUCGGAAGUUCAAAUUGCUGUUUUUUCGAAAUGAAACGUGCUACGGGAAUGGAAACUUGUGCAAAGAUUUUUUUUUUGUUUAUCUUCAACCUAGUGUAAAUAAGAAUUCGUAAAACUUUGCUCAGUUUUGACUAUACAAUUUGAUGACGUCACUGUGAAGACACAUCAUCUUCGCCACGAGAAAAAAACCGCUGGCACCCAGUAUUUGACCGUAUUUUUACAGUAUUUAUAGACCAUAUCCGAUAUAUUAAAAUUCAUACUUGGCUCCGAGGCAUGGGGCAAUAAAACAAAAGAAAUGUAUUAUUUAUUUUUUAGCCUGCAUUUUAAUAUAUCGGAGCUGGUUUAUUGAGCAUUACCAGCUAUCGUUCAAUAGAUAUUGCAAAAGUUUAAUGAACUGUGUUGUCAAGAACCAACGUACAUAAGUGUUUUUUUUUUGUAAAUACAACCGGCUAAAUAAAAAAACUGAAUACUAGGAAACGAAUAAAUUUCUAUGCUUACAAGGAGAAGAGAUUACAACAGAGCAAAAGGACUAUGGUACUGACUGAUGUAUCCACUUGAUUAAAAUGAACAAGUUGUAGAAUUUUAGAAUUAAGCAGAAAUCAAGUACCCUAUUUAUCAGAAUUCAUAAGCUUGCCACUCGCCAUAGACUGGAACAACUUGGGAUAAUAUAAUCUCCUAUGUGAAGUUUUACUAAACUGAUAUUACCCAUCUUUUAGGAUGACUAAGGACAAAAUAAGAAAAAAAAAACAAAGACUCUGAUGCCAUCAGAACUUUGGAAAAUUUCUUUGGUGAAACUGAAAAUUAGAACCUGAACUGGAAAAACACCUAUCUCGCGCGUGAGAAAAAAUAUUAGUCAGCGGUAGUUGACAGGUCAUUAACCUUCGUUACUCAAGUCACCCACUGUUAUUUGUGUAGUUGCAACAAGUGAUAAUAUUUAUUGCCCCUUCUUUUUGCAUCUUUAACUACCGUAAAUUCCGAAAAUAAGUCCCGUGGCCUAUAUUUUUCAAAGGCACUUUUUGAGAGGCUUAUUUUUGGAGGGGCUUAUAUUCGGAGGGGCUUCUCUACGGAGGGAAAUUUGCGUUUACAAAUCGAUUGGACUACUUUAUAGUUUGAAGUAAAUUUACCGUUUUUGCUUUGUUUUUCUUCGUAUUUGUGGGCAAUUUUCCAAGUACAAGCCCCUGGGGGGAGGAUUUAACGGAGGGUUUUUUGCGUCACCGGCUUGGGGGGCUUCUAUUUGGAGAGGCUUAUACAUGGAGGGGCUUAUUUUCGGAAUUUUACGGUAUAUCGCUACGUCAGUCUGGUAUACCGUUAAAUUCCGAAAAUAAGCCCCUCCAUGUAUAAGCACCUCCAAAUAGAAGGCCCCCGCCACCGGGGGGCUUGUACUUGGAAAUUGCCCUCAAAUACAAAGUAAAACAAAGCAAAAACGGUAAAUUUACUUCAAACUAUAAGGCUAGUCCAAUCGAUUUGUAAACGCAAAUUCCCUCCGCAGAGAAGCCCCUCCAAAAAUAAGCCCCUGAAAAAGUGCCUUUGAAAAAUAUAGGUCCCGGGGCUUAUUUUCGGAAUUUACGGUAGUUAAAGCAAAAACGGUAAAUUUACUUCCAACUAUAAGGCUAGCCCAAUCGAUUUUGAAACGAAAAUUUCCUUCCGUAGAGAAGCCCCUCCGAAUAUAAGCCCCUCCAAAAAUAAGCCCCUCAAAAAGGGCAUUUGAAAAAUAUAAGCCCGGUGCUUAUUUUCGGAAUUUUAGGGUAUUUUAUUAUCAUGAACAUCUUUAUCAUGCCAAAUUUGGUGUCUUAAUUAUUUUCUCCAUGCACAUAAAUUAAAAAAUUAGUGAAUGUUUCAGACUCUUAUCGACUGCCGCGUGUGGACCGUUUACUUAUUGACUCGAACUUCGUCAAAAAAAAAAAAAAAAUCAAUCUGCACCCCAUGCAUAUUUUGAAACUCUGCCAACGACCAAGAUAACACCAUCACAAAAGAAUAUCGCUCUUACCUUUUCAAAAGCAUUUAGCUCUUGAGUAGUGAAACAAACUUUCUCUGCAAUCAACGUAGAAAAUCAUGAUUUCAAAAUCCCGGUUCAUUUGCCAAAGGAUCGGCCUAUUAACUGAGAAAAUAAGCUAAACAUGUAGAUAUGGAGAAAAGCCAGAUCACCUCUUUUCUGCUGAGUAAUUUUCAAAGAACACAGGUGGGGGGUUUUCUCCAACGAAUAUUAUUAAACUUGCCGACCGUCUUCGGUCUAUGCGUAGCCGUUGGUGACGCAUUUCGUCUUGAAUGCCUGUUAUGUUAAAUUAGUACAGGGGCACCCAACGACAAUUUUCGGAAAAUUAUCUGUUCGGAAGACGAUUUGAGGUCUAGAAUUUUCGGAUCAUUUUCUGAAAAAUUUCUUGCUUGCCUGCCUCUCCUAGGAUUUUCGAACUUCAUAAAAAUCGUAUAAUUGCCCAUUUUUAACGGAUUUUUACCCUAAAAAAGUCACCUAGAAUUUUCGGGAGCCUUUUUUCUGGCUGAAAUUUUCGAAAAGGUAAAUUUUGAUCCCUAUAAGUUUCGGAUCACUAUACUUUCAGCUAGGAAAUCCGAACAGAUGAAAAAUUUGUAGGGGAUAAAAAUAAGCCUUUAUCUACCGUUUAAAUACUAAAGUACGUUCAACAAUGCUAUGUUUAAGUGGUUUUGAACUAUAUUCUCUUUGGGUGCCCCUGUUAGUACGCCUUAAUUGUUUCAGCCUCUUUGCGAAUCUCUCAUUUUAAAAUCAGUCUGUUAAUAUUUUAAUAUGUUUACUUUUUUUUUAAGAAACAUGUUUCAUCUCUCGUGGGGUAAUAUUACCUCGACUUCCCAUAGCACCUUUUAAACCGUAAAAGAUCGUCAGACAACCGCGGUAUCGCGCCUAGAAACUAUAGGAGGAUUGCAGAGAAAUGUUGAAAGGCUUUUCAAUUUACAAAUUAUCUAACAUGUUGUGGUAACACGACAUAUUUGAUCUAAUUUUCAAACUGAAUUCGACAGCACGUAGAUGACAGCAUGCAGCUGUUUAAUUUUUAAGUUGUGUCUACAGCAGGCGGAUUUACUGAAGCAUUAUUAAGAGUCCUCCAUGCAGGCUAUUUCAUUAUUAUCACCAGUUUUGGCUGCUAAAGUGGUCAGAUAGCGAUGUGUUGAGAUGCAAAAAUAUGGCCUCCUUUCUUCGUGGUCAAAGGGUUCCCAUUUUCUUCUUGUCAUUAGAACUUUUCUUAGCUUACGUGGAAGGUAAGUGAUGCGAUUUAGUUCUUUUAAUUAAAAGUUAAACGUUUCCGUUUAAAUAUAUCUUUCGCUUACUUUAUAUCAUGUCUUGUUAUACGAACAAAUUCUAAUUUUCACAGAAUGGAACGAGUGUGGUUAUCAAUUUUAUCCUCUGCAAGUGUCUUUAGCUAAUUUCUGCCCCUUUUUGAACCAUUUUCAAUUAUAGAAUAAUAUAUAGAUAUAAAUACAAAUUUAAAUUUGUAUGCACAUACUCUCAACUUAAAUCUAUUUUGGCAGAUUCGUUCUUUAACUUAGCUGUUAAUUUAUUCUUUAAGAAAUGUUGCAAUUUCUGCACAACUGGGUUUCAAAACUCUUCUAUCAAAUGAAACGCUUACCUUCUGCAUGAAUGCUCUUUGAAUUUCUAAAAUAAAAAAAAACAACAACAUAUAUUUAUUACCCAGAGGGGUAAUACGUACGUCCCGCAAGGAUAUUGCUGUUUCAGGUCGUAAUCACUUCUGUGAUGAUGAAUACUUAGUGCUUUUUAAAUUUGUUCAAGCUCAAUAUACUCCUAUAUACUGGUUAUGAAGAUAUCAAACAAGUAAAGGUGGAGAAGUGACGGCGACGGAAAGAAAACGGCAAAAAAUCAAUAGGUUCAUAUUGGUAAAACAACAACUUUGCACCUGCAUCACGCUUUUUUGUACAUUUCUUAGCCGUCGUAGCACGACCACGACGUGAAUCUUCCGAAUUUCACGCGUCCGCUUUAUAAACUAGGUGAACACGACACAAUUUCUUGGCAACGUGACGUAACUACCUCUCCUCUCUAUUACAGCAGGGAUGACUAAUAACUUUCUUGGUCAUUUUUCCAUGCAUAGGUUUAAAACUUGAAAAAUCCCAUCAGUGUCAAGUUUCAUGCCCAUACUUGCCAUCCGUUGCAAGAGACGACAAGAAAAAGUUUGCCUAAAACUAAAUACACAUUUUAUAGCAGUUUUUAAAAGGGUAGCAGAUAGCGUGAAGUAAACCCAGUAAUUGCUUAGCAUUGAGAUGAUGAAUAUGAUGCUUGAUAAUCUUUAUUGAGGAUGCCAACUUCACUUAAUUAGUGAUUUACAGCAGGGGGUGCUCUUAGACUAAAAUCAUUAACGAAAAUAACAAUUUACAUGAUAUUGAAGUUUAAAAAAAAUUACACGAUGAAGUUUAAAAAAUGGUAAAAGUUUAAAAAAAAUUACAUGGUUAUAAAAGUUUAAAACAUGAAAUAGACAUCAAUAAAAACUAAGAAUCUAAAAUCACUUAAAUUAUAAACAUAUAUUUAAUAAAAUACAAGUACGUAAGCUACUUUUCAAUUGAAUCGCUUCCAAAUAAGUACCUUUCAAAAUCUGUCCGGAACUGGAUGUCACAAAAGAGUUGUCAUCUAUUCAGCAGAGCAACUAAGCUCUCUCCUCCCUCCACGGCCUACUUGUAUUUUCAUACAUUCUCCGCGUUUGAAGUCAUUUCUGGUGCCAAAGUAAACCAGUUUCAACAUAAACUGACUCUCUCGUUUCAGUCUACAACAACACAACGGUACAUAAAUGUUUCACUAUUAACUACCCCAUUUACCCCCGAUUUACAACAGUGCUGGAUCCAGACUGGAUCCAUCCAUCCAUCGCACUUUGUAAUAAACUAAGCUGUCGCAAUUUGUAAUAAUUCUAUCGCACUUUGUAAUAAACUUAAAUUGUUUUCUUUGGUCAAACAUGCAUGUCUUCCGACGUAAAUUUUUCUGCCCUAAUUAAUCACGUGGCCAACGAGAAUCGCUUUUAUGAAAGACAUCAAACUUUCUGUGACAUGUCACCAAAAAAAGAUAUGAGUCAUUUCAUAUAUUUGAAUUCAAAAAUUUUUAAUCAACAAAAGCAACAUUUAACAACAGAAAAUUCAUGAAUAACCUGGCAUUCGCCGUCCCAAUCCAUGUUUGCUCGCCACGUGACACUUGAAGUCUUCUGGGUGGAAAUUAAAUGCCUUUUAAUAAGGGUCAUUUGUGUCUAGUGUGUCUAGGUUCUGUUCUGCCCCUUUCCCUAGAUCCGCCACUGUACAACCCUAUAAAAUUAUGGAUACUAAUGCAGUAUUUACCAUCUUUGUCCCCCUUUUGCAACAUAUAUUUGCCCAGAGCAAAUUUGAUCUAUUUUUUUGUGCAGUGUUUUGUUCAUGUGCGUGGACGGUUGUUGACUGUUUCAGGUGAAUGUCGAGGACUGCGGUUUCCAGCUUCCUUCUCCUUUACCGCCAAACGUCUGCAGAACCACGUAAUAAGAACUCAGCAGGUUCCAGAUGUAGGUUUCUGCGAGAUACUUUGUUUGUGGGAAUCUAACUGCGUCAGUAUUAAUUUCGAAGAGAAAACAAGGAGCUGUGAGUUGAACAAUGCAACUCAUCGAGGGUAUGGUUAUCACCUGGAGGACGAUGCCGACUACGUAUACCAUGGAGCAGAUGUAAGAGUACAUCAUAAGAUUUAGACUUAGAUUUAGAUUUAGCCAAGCUAAAAGCGAAGCUCUCGUGGGAACUUUGAAGAAAUGUCUUUCUGAAGUAAAGUUUUCUAAGCCUGCGAUCAGUUGAAUACCAUAACUGGGCAGCAGAAAAAUUGAAUAAAACACGUCACCUCAAUGAAUUUUUCACCGACGCCCGCGAGACAGUCAUGUGACACUGUUCAGCAGAUACCCUAUUGUGACAGCUGUCAUUAGAUCAUAUAGGGAUGUGCACUAUUGUAUAUGCCUUGGAAACCUAGCUAGUAAUGCACAGUCAUUACAAGAAAAUAGCCAAUCAGAGAGCGCAUACUAUUGUAGACGUAAUAAAUUCUGCAAGCAGAAUACUGCAAUGCUGAUCGUACUACGUGAAAAUUAACUCUGCAAGACAUCAACACGACACCGAAAGAACUCAAAACAGAGCGGGAUGUAGCCAUAGACAGCUGUUUCGGCCUCUUUGGGGCUCGUCAGUAUGGCGUAACAACCAGAGAUCAGGCUCUGAUGAAAAAAUAUCCGCGCACUCUGAUUUUAGUCCUGACCCAGAACUCCUAACACCCACAGAAUCACUCUAUACCACGUGUCUUCUGGGGGGUAAGAGUCCAAGUGUCAAGUUGAUGUCUCGCAGAGAAAAUAAAAAAUUGGCCACAACCAACCUAGAAAACACGGGACAAAACCAUGCAAGAAAUACAGCAUAGGUCCAUACUAUUGUAGCCUUGUAAAAAAUUAAAACAGACUUGCCCACUUAAUACCCACACUCUCUUUCCUGUAUGCAGAUCGGAUGCAGAAAUAGACAAAAGCACGACUACUCGGCAGAUUUAGUCAACACAACGGCAAAUGUGAACAUGAUAGAGCGUGGAAAGGUCAAAGGGAAUUGUAGAGCUUAAUUAGCCUCUCUGCCAUGGGUCAUUUCGGUUUUUAGAUCAGCGCGAGCCUAUGUCACUGUCGUCACAUUGUCUAAUUUGCCAUAUCUGCCGACUGUCAUUUGUUUGUGGAGGAAAUUUUCGCAUGUCUUUCCCAGACAAGUUUCACUUUGAUUACUUAGAUUGCUACAUCAUUUAAUACCUUUUCAUCUCAUUCACCGUUCAUUUGUUUCUUGAAAGAGUGCUUGUGACGUCAAUCCAUGCCAUAACAAUUCUACCUGCCAGUCGGGAUUUACAGACCAACGGUAUCGUUGUGUAUGUGCGCCGGGUUUUACCGGCGAAGAUUGUGGACAGGGUAAGAAUAAUUAAAUAGAAAACGAUUUUGUUUUUCUACCAUUCCUUCUCACACCAUUACCUGAAGGAUGCCGCUGAUUAAGAAUUAUUUUAAGAGCCAGCUUUGAUUUCAUUUGUUUUUGUUAGGCAGAAGAAGUAAAAUAAAGCGAGGGAGUACUCUGUAUGAACCUUUGCUCACAACUUUGUGAGGUCGUCAGGACGAACGAAAGCGUACCCGGGGACAAUUAAGGGGGCAGAACAGACUAGUAGCCAGUUGCAAUUUAUGUGUUUUGGGGGUGAGAGAAGAUUGGGGGUUAGGUUGAGGCGCGCGCGGGGUGUUAUGGGAAGGGACGAAGGAAAAAUAGCGUCCCUUCCCAUGAGACCCCGCGCGCGCCUCAAUCUAACCCCCAAUCUUCUCUCACCCCCAAAACACAUAAAUAGCGACUGGGUACGAGUCUGGGGGCAGAAUAUUGCUUUGUGGAAAGAACAAAAAGAGCGCGCAUGGCCUUCCUAGUUUUCUUGGCAACCAAGGUAAAUGGGAACUUAAAUACUCCUUUUCCCCUCCCUCUCACACAGAUUGUAGCUACACACGCAAUUUUUUGUUACAAGAGUACAACUGACAAAGUACUUUUUCAUGACAAAACAAAUGAAACAAUGAUUAUUUGUUCUUGGUUCAGAAAUAUUCUGAUUCACAGACUGACAUGACUAUGAAUUAGGCGUUGUUUCGAGACAAUUCAGUGGGAUCGCUGGGCUGUUGUUUGCUUGCUAGCUUUAAGCGAGCAACUUCUUUCAGAUUUAGUCCUGUAUCGUUUAUUAUUAUACAGAUUUUUUUCCUUAUCUCAAAUAUUUCAAUUUGCCCAGAUAUUGACGAAUGCAGUGUCUUUUCUUCCAUCUGUGAUAUAAAUGCCAUCUGUCGGAAUAGUGAAGGAUCUUACCUAUGUUCGUGUAAGGAGGGGUUUGCUGGUGAUGGCAAGCUUUGCAAAGGUAAAGCGAAUAACCUAUAACCUACUAAAAGUAUAAUAACCUAUUUAACAAAAGUGUAGUUCUACUAUAAACAAUUCUUAACUAUACGUGCGUCUAUUGAGGAAUAACUAGACAGAUUUAAUCAUAUAUAUUAGACCAAGAAUUGAAAGGAAAAGGGAGAAUCAAUGUAGGGAUAUGGUAGAUGUAUUGAAAGGAUUUGCAAAACAUUUAAAACGAAAACAAAACUAACUACCUGCAAAUAUCUCAAACAUGUCUGAAAGUGUUUUGCCUGACAUCAAGACGCUCAUUGACAGAUUCUCUAUAGAAGACGAGUGACAGUGUUUCGUCUGAUAUUCAAUCACCGAGAUUUAACAAACACGCAGGAGAGGAAGUGUUAAAUCUGACAUCCCAGUACUGACCGCGUGUGUUCAAAAACAGAUGGCAGAAUCUCGUGUGAUAUCCAGACUCUCAGAGGUGAUAUAUCAAACAGAUGAAGGAGCGUUUCGUCUGAUAUCAGGACAUGAAAAGUGAAAUACGAAUCACCAGUGGGAGUGUUUCAUCCAAUAUCCGGCCACCAGUGGAAAUAUACAAAACACGAGUGGGAUAUCAAGACACAAAGAAGUUUUUAAAAAGAGUUGCGACCCAUUUUCCUCAUCGAUUUCGAUGUUUCGGAAUAUUGGUUGAUACACGUCAUUUAUAGCAGGCGUGUUUUGAUAUAGUUCCUCAAAUAAUUAGCUCUAUUCAACUUUUAGAGAAAUUCAUUCUUCGAAGUUCGAAAAAUGCUAUGACGAUCAUAUUCCAUUUCUUUGUUUCUCCUCCAUGCGUUGUUAACGAGUUUCAGAGACGCCACCUAGAAUUUAUAAAAUUACUGUUAAUCGUGUGUUUGAUUUUGCUGCAUUUAAAGAAUAUAAGCGGGCAUACAUUUCGUCAUAUUUUUUAAAUGCAAUAAGAUGAAACUAAUCUGUUGCUAUUUCCUCCAGCUUACGAAACCGUUGGAUGUUAUAUGCUACGGGAAUGAAAACUUGUGCAAAGAUUUAUUUUUUGUUUAUCUUUAACCUAGUGUAAACAAGAAUUCGUAAAACUUCGCUAUUUUGACUUUACAAUUUGAUGACGUCACUGUGAAAACCAUCUAUAGCCAACAUCUUAACUUCGCCGCGAGAAAAAACCGCUAGCACCGCAGUAUUUGACCGUAUUUUUACAGUACUUGCGUAAACAGUCAAUAGACCAUUUUCGAUAUAUUACACUUCAUACUUGGCUUUCAGGUUUGGGGGAAUAAAACAAAAGGAAUGUAUUAUUCAUUCUUGAGCUUGAAUUUUAAUGUAUCGGAACUGGUCUAUUGAGCAACACCAGCGAUCGUUCAAUGUUUCUAAUAAUUUUAAAUUUAUUGCCAUGCAUUAGUUAAUGCUGUAGACAAAAGCCAUCCCUCUUAUGCACUUGUAGUGCGAGAUUUGCGACAAACAUUUUAUGGCUUUGUUAUUGGCGUACAAGUUCUCAAAGACAUUAAAAAUUAGUAGUUAAUAAAACUUGGGAGGUAUUGCAUUUAGUUAAUGCUGUAGACAAAGGCCAUCCCUCUCGUGCACUUGUAGUGCGAGAUUUGCGACAAAAUAUUUUAAGGCUUUGCUACUGGCGUACAAGUUCUCAAAGACCUUUAAAAUUAGCAGUUAAUAAAACUUUGGAGGUAUUGUCCUAAAAAGUCUUGGCGAUCAUUUUAUGGCUGCCUAAGCGAGAAGGCGGGUUCAUUAAUCGAAUCCUGUGUUUUGAUUGGUAACUUUGGCGGACAAGAUGGACCAAUCUUCCUUGAUCCUGCUCGCUAAUUUCCAAGAGUCCAUUAGGGGAAUCGUGUUCAACUAACAGCUUUCAUAUUUUUGGCUUUUCUUUUCAUUCUCAGGUGUUUUCAUUUGUUAGUCAUUUACUUUUUUUCUUUUUUCUUCUUUUCGUGUACUCUAAUUAGUGUAGCCAGCUCACUGCUAUUGUUGAUUAGUAUGCUGUAUAAGUCACUGUUUCAGUUACUAACUGGACUCAUGAAGUAUUUUACUAUUUGUGGAGCUGUUAUUAAAGGUGACGAAUUUUUAAACAGUGGAGAAUUUUGCAAAAAUGGAAAAAAAAACCUGCUUACUUAAGUCAUAUUUAAGAAACAAAUCUAAGUUGUACUAAGAUUAUUUCAAAGCAUGCAGUCGAGAUUCCAGUUUACAGCCGGGAAAGUGAGCCGUGAAAUUCGGCUGAAAAUAGCUCACCCAAAAAUAAAUUAAAAGGUGUCAUGAUCAGGGCGUGUGGCAUUAAAGUCAGGACGGUUCUAAUGAGACCAGCGAAAUUGGUUAUUGUGCGACCUUCAGAGUAGAGGCUGGUGUGAACGAACUAGUCACUUGAACAAACGAAGCUUGUUGCCAAAAUUAUUUAUCAGUUUCGAUAUCGCAAAUGCAAACACCUUUCCAGGAAAGAAAUUAGUUCUCUAAUAAUUAACUUACUCUCCUUGAUUAUCCUGGAAUAGCCUUUUAGAGGUGUUUCUAAGCCCUAAUAGGACAAUUGCAUGAUGACGUCAUUUUACUACAACUACCAGAAUCCUUCAGUUUGCUGUUUUCUAGUGCAAAUUAAGGCUUUUGUUCUUUAAACCUCAGUGGAAUUGACAAAUUUAAACAAAAAAGUAAAGACGAAAUGAAUUUUAGUAGUUGAAAUCAAACAUCGUCAUCGUGAAAAUGACCUAUUGAAACUUGAUUGCAAAAAUUUUAUGAACUGUGUUGUCAAGACCACCGUACAUAAGUGUUUUGUUUUUGUAAAUACUAAAGAAAAAACUGAAUACUAGGAAACGAAUAAAUUUUUCUGCUUACAAGGAGAAGAGAUUACAAUAGAGCAAAAGGACUGACUGAUGUAUUCACUAGAUUAAAAUGAACAAGUUGUAGAAUUUUAGAAUUAAGCAAAAAUCAAGUACCCUAUUUCACAGAAUUCAUAAACUUGCCACUCGCCAUAGGACAAUCAGUUAUGAUAAUAUAAUCUCCUAUCAGAAGUUUUAUUAAAUUAAUAUUACCCAGAAACGACUCUGAUGCCUUCAGAACCUUGGAAAAUUUCUUUGGUGAAACUGAAAAUUAGAACCUGAACUGAAAAAACAGCUUUCUCCCGCGCGAGAAAAAAUAUUAGUCAGAUUAGUUGACAGGUCAAUAACUUUCGUUACUCAAGUCACAGACUGUUAUUUGUGUAGUUGCAACAAGUGAUAAUACCGUUGGCCCAUCUUUUCCCAUCUUUAACUAUAUCGCUACGUUAGUCUGGUAUACCGUAAAAUUCCUAAAAUAAGCCCCGACGCUUAUAUUUUUCAAAGGCCCUUUUUGAGGGGCCUAUUUUUGGAGGGGCUUAUAUUCGGAGAGGAUUAUCUAUGGAGGGAAAUUUGCGUUUCAGAAUCGAUUGAGCUAGCCUUUUAGUCGAAAGUAAAUUUACUGUUUUUGCUUUGUUUUACUUUGUAUUUGAGGGCAAUUUUCUAAGUACAAGCCCCCGGGGGCUUAUAUUUGGAGGGGCUUAUACAUGGAGGGGCUUAUUUUCGGAAUUUUACGGUAUUUUAUUAUCAUGAACGUCUUUAUCAUGCCAAAUUUGGUGUCUUAAUUACUUUCUCCAUGCAUAUGAAUUAAAAAAUUAGUGGAUGUUUCAGACUCUUACAGACUGCCGCGUGCGGACCCUUAUUGAAUCGAACUUCCUGAAAAAAACAUUAUCAAUUUGCACCCCACGCAUAUUUUGAAACUCUAACACCAUCACAAAAGAAUAUUGUUCUUACCUUUUCAAAAGCAUUUAGCUCCUGAAUAGUCAAACAAACUUUCUCUGCACGUAGAAAAUCAUGACCUCAAAAUCCCGGUUCAUUUGGAGGAGCAGCCUAUUAACUGAGAAAAUAAGCUGAACAUGUAGAUAUGGAGAAAAGCCAGAUCACCUCUUUUCUGCUGAGUAAUUUUCAAAGAAUACAGGUGGGGCAUUUUCUGUAAUGAAUAUUAAUAAACUUCAAUUAAGCGUUAAAACCUUGCCGACCGUCUUCGGUCAAUUCGUAGCCCCUGGUCGCGCAUUUUUUCGUCUUGAAUGCCUGUUAUGUUAAAAUAGUAGGCCUCGUUUCAGCCUCUUUGCAAAUGUCUGAUUUUAAAAUCAGUCUAUUAAUAAUAUUUUAAGAUAUUUCAUUUUUUAAAGCCUGGUUUAACAAACAUGCUGUAUUUCUAUCGGAGUGAUAUUACCUCGACCUCCCAUAGAGUCUUAAAUUACACUGUAAAAGAUCGUCCGAAAACCGCGGUAUUGCGCCUAGAAACUAUAGGAGGAUUGUAGACAACUGUUUAAAGGCUUUUCAGUAUACAAAUUGUCUAACUGUUUCAACACAUGUUUGAUUUAAUUUUCAAACUGAAUUCGAACUUCGGUACAACACUAUGUAGAUGACAGCAUGCAGCUGUUUAAUUUUUAACUUGUGUCUACAGCAGGUGGAUUUAGAAGCAUUAUUAAGCAUUAUUAGGUAGGCGUUUUCAUUAUAUAUUGGAGUUUCAACUUCCGUUCACCAGUUCUGGCUGCUUAAGUGGUGAUGUGCGCUGGUCGGUUCAGAAGGUGAUGAGUUGACAUGCAAGAAAUAUGAACUCCUUUCCUCGCGGUCAAAGCGUUACCAUUUUGUUCUUGUCAUUAGAACUUUACUUAGCUUACGUGGAAGGUUAGUGCUGCGAUUUUAGUUCUUUUAAGUUAAACGCUUCCAUUUAAAUAUUUUUGGAUUACUUUAUAUCAUGUCUUGGUUAUAUGAACAAAUUCUAAUUUUCACAGUAUGGAAAGAGCAUGGUUUUCAUUUUCAUCCUCUGCACGUGUCUUUGGCUAAUUUCUUUUGAGUCUGCCCCUUUUUGAACCAUUCUCAACUAUGAAAUAAUAUAUAGAUAUAAACAGAUUUUAAAUUCAUAUGCACCUAUUUUCAACUUAAAUAUUUCCUGUUAGAUUCCUUCUUUAACUUAGCUGUUAAUUUAUUCUUUGAUAAAUGUUGCAAUUUCUGCACAAUUGGGUUUCCACUCCCUUUUUUCACAUGAAACGCUUACCUCCUGCAUGAAUGCUCUUUGAAUUUCUAAAAUAAAAAUGAAAAUAAUAAUGAUAAUAAUUACCCAAAGGGGUUACGUACGUCACAAGCAAAUUGAUAUUUCAGGUCAUGAUCGCUUCUGUGAUGCUGAAGUCAUUACUUAGAGCUUUUAUAAAUUUGUUUAAGCACAAAAUACUCCUAUAUACUGGUUAUGAAGAUAUCAAACAAGUAGAGAGGAGAAGUGUGACGUCAUGUUACCAUGGUAGCAAAAUAUUUGCAUCACAACAAUAGGGAGCUUAAGCAACAACGACGGCGACGGCAACGAAAACGGUAAAAAAAAAAGCAAUAAGUUUAGAUAGAAAAACAACAACUUUGCACGUGCAUCACGCUUUUUUGUACAUUUCUUAGCCGUCUUAGCAUGACUGUAAAAAAACGAUGUGAAAUGUUCUAAUUUCACGCGUCCGCUUUAUAAACUAGGUGAACAAAACACGAUUUCAUUUUCUAACUUAAAUACGGUCCUUUUGGAUUUAACCCCAGAAAAUUUAGCCAACAUUUGACAAAUUAAUUGAAACUGAACGAGAUCGAUGAAGUCUGGAACACUUUUAAGUGACGUUUUCCAGUUUGUUGUCAUCCAGAAAUUUUGGUACCAUGGUAACGUGACGUAACGACUUCUCUUCUCUAUUACAGCAGGGAUCACUUGUGUAAUAACUUUCUUAGUCAUUUUUCCAUGCAUAGGUUUAAAACUUCAAAACUCCCAUUACUUUCAAGUUUCAAUGUCCAUCCUUGCCAUCCGUUGCAAGAGACGACAGGAAAAAGUUUGCCUAAAACUAAAUACACGUUUCAUAGCAGAUUUUAAAAGGGUAGCAGAUAGCGUGAAGUAAACCCUGUAUUUGAUUAGUAUUGAAUGAUGAAUGAUGACUGAUAAUCUAUAUUGAGGAUGCCAACUUCACUUAACUAGUGAUUUAUAGGAGCGGGUCCUCUUAGACUAAAAUAAUUAAAGAAAAAAACAAUUUACAUGAUAUUGAAAGUUUAAAAAAUUGUGAAACUUUUAAAAAAAGUUACAUGAUAAAAGUUUAAAACAUGAGAUGAACAUCAAUAAAAACUAAGAAUCUAAAAUCACUUAAAUUUUAAACAUAUAUUUAAUAACAUACAAGUAUGUAAGCUAGUUUUCAAUUAAAAACCAAGCGCUUCCAAAUAAGUACCUUUCAAAAUCUGUUCGGCUCUGGAUCAGAUAUAACGCUGCUGAAAAAAUUCCACUCAUCAAUUUCUCGUCACAUAAAAGUUGUCAUCUAUUCAGCAGAGCAACAUGAGCCUUAAGCUAAACUCUCUCCUCCCUCCACGGCGUAGCGCUUGUAUUUUCAUGCAUUUCUCCUCUGUUUGAUGUCAUUUCUAGUGCCAAAGUAAACCAGUUUCAAAAUAAACUGACUCUCUCGUUUCAGUGUACAACAACACAAACGUACAGUAAAUGUGUCACGAUUAACUACCCCUUUUACCCCCGAUUUACAACCCUAUAAAAAUAAGGAAUCCAAUGCAACAUAUAUUUGUCCACGUACAGCAAAUUUGAUCUAUUUUUUUGUACAGUGUUUUGUUUAUGUCAGAGGACGGAUGUUGACUGUUUCAGGUGAAUGUCGAGAACUGUCGUUUCCAGAUUCCUUCUCCUUUACAGCUAAACGUCUGCAGAACCACGCAAUAAGAACUCAACAGGUCGCAGAUGUAGAUAGCUGCGAGCUCCUUUGUUUCUGGGAAUCUAACUGCGUCAGUGUUAAUUUCAAAAAGAAAACAAGGAGCUGUGAGUUGAACAAUGCAACUCAUCGAGGGUAUGGUUAUCACCUGGAGGACGAUGCCGACUACGUAUACCAUGGAGCAGAAGUAAGAGUACAUCAUAACAUUUAUAUUUAGACUUAGAUUUAGCCAAGCCAAAAGCGAAGCUCAAGUGGGAACUUUGAAGAAAUGUCUUUCUGAAGUAAAGUUUUCUAAGCCUGCGAUCAUUUGAAUACCAUAACUGGGCAGCGGAAAAAUUAAAUAAAACACGUCACCUCAAUGAAUUUUUCACCCGAGCCCGCGAUACAGUCAUCUGACACUGGUCAGCAGAUACCCUAUUGUGACAGCUGUCAAUAGAUCAUAACAUGGUUCCGAGCAAGUAAGACAUUUCACAUCCGCUAACAUGAACAAGCGGAAGUACGAACGGACGAUUUUGUCGGAACCAAAUUUCUUGGAUGCAUAGGUUGCAUGUUUACCAUUUUACAAAAAGUUUCUAGAAAAUCCGGUUGGGUAAAGUAAAUGGAACAAAACGUUUUGGGUAGUUCCUGCGGAUACCCACACUUUCUUUCCUGUAUUCAUAUCGGAUGCAGAAAUAGACAAAAGCACGUCUACUCGGCAGAUUUAGUCAACACAACGGCAAAUGCCAACAUGAUAGAGCGCGGAAAGGUGAAAGCGAAUUGCAGAGCUUUAAUUAGCCUCUUUGCCAUGGGUCAUUUGGGUUUUUAGAUCUGCGCGAACCUACGUCACUGUCGUCACAUUGUCUAAUUUGCCAUAUCUGCCGACGGUCCUUUGAUUGUGGAGGACAUUUUCACACGCCUUAUCCAGACAAGUUUCGCUUUGAUUACUUAGAUUUGCUACAUCAUUUAAUAUCUUUUCAUCUCAUUCACCGUUCAUUUGUUUCUUGAAAGAGUGCUUGUGACGUCAAUCCAUGCCAUAACGAGUCUACCUGCCAGUCGGGAUUUACAGACCAACGGUAUCGUUGCAUAUGUGCGCCGGGUUUUACCGGCGAAGAUUGUGGACAAGGUAAGAAUAAAAGAAUUGAAGACGAUUUUGUGUUUCUACCAUUCCUUCUAACACCUUUACCUGAAGGAUGCUGCUGAUUAUGAAUUGUUUUAAGAGCCAGCUUUGAUUUCAUUUGUUUUUGUUAAGCAAAAAAAGUAAAAUAAAGCUAGGGAGUACUCUGUAUGAACCCUUGCUAACAACUUUGUGAGGUCGUCAGGACGAACGAAAGCGCACCCAGGGACAGUUAAGAGGGCAGAAAAUUGCUUUAUAGAAAGAACAAAAAGAGCGCGCAUGACCUUCCUAGUUUACUUGGCAACCGAGGUAAAGUGGAACUUUAAUAAAUACUCCUUUUCCCCUCACCUCACACACAGAUUUUAACUACACAAGCGCGCUUUUCUGUUACAAGAGUACAGUUGACAAAGUACUUUUUUCAUGACAAAACAAAUGAAACAAUGAUUAUUUGUUCUUGGUUCAGAAAUAUUGUGAUUCACAGACUCAUGACUAUGCUUUAGGCGUUGUUUUGAGACAAUUCAGUGGGAUCGUCUGGCUGUUGUUUGCUUGGUAGCUUUAAGCGAGCAACUUCUUUCAAAUUUAGUCCUGUGUGGUUUAUUAUUAUACAGAGUGUUUCCUUUUCUCAAAUAUUUCAAUUUGCCCAGAUAUCGACGAAUGCAGUGUCUUUUCCUCCAUCUGUGAUAUACAUGCCAUCUGUCGGAAUAGUGAAGGAUCUUACCUGUGUUCAUGUAAGGAGGGGUUUGCUGGUGAUGGCAAGGCUUGCAAAGGUAAAGCGAAUAACCUAUAACCUAUUUAACAAAAAUGUAGUUCUACUAUAAACAAUUCUUAAGUAUACUAGACUGAUUGAAUCAUACAUAUUAGAUCAAGAUGAAAAAUAAGGAGAGGGAAGAAUCAAUGUAGGGAUAUUGUAGAUGGGUUGAAAGGAUUUGCAAAACUUUUAAAAAGAAAACAAAACUGACUAUCUGCAAAUAUUUCAAACAUGUCUGAAAGUGUUUUGUCUGACAUCGAGACGCUCAUUGACAGGUUAUCUAUAGAAGACGAGUGGCAGUGUUUCGUCUGAGAUUUAACGAUCAGCGAGAUUUAACAAACACGUAGGAGAGGAAGUGUUAAAUCUGACAUCCCAGCACUGACUGCGUGUGUUAAAAAACGGAUGUGGGGUUGAUAGAAUCUCGUGUGAUAUGCAGACUCUCAGAGGUGAUAUAUCAAACAGAUGAAGGAUCGUUGCGUCUGAUAUCGGGACAUGAAAAGUGAAACACGAAUCACCAGUGGGAGUGUUUCAUCCAAUAUCCGGCCACCAGUGGAAAUAUACAAAACACGAGUGGGAUAUCAAGGCACAAAGAAGUUUUUAAAACGAGUUGCGACCCAUUUUCCUCGUCGAUUUCGAUGUUUCGGAAUAUUCGUUAAAACACGUCAUUUAUAGCAGGCGCGUGUUGAUAUAGUUCCUCAAAUAAUCAGCUCUAUUCAAGUUUUAGAGAAAUUCAUUCUUCGAAGUUCGAAAAAUGCUAUGACGAUCAAUAUUCCAUUUCUUUCUUUCUCCUCGAUGUGUGGUUAACGAGUUUCAGAGACGCCACCUAGAGUUUAUAAAAUUACUGCGUUACUCGUGUGUUUGAUUUUGCUGCAUUUAAAGAAUAAAAGCUAGCAUACAUUUCGUCAUAUCUUUUAAAUGUAAUAAGAUGAACAUAAUCUGUUGCUCAUUUCCUCCAGCUUACGAAACCGUUGGAUGUUAUAAGGACACCACAAAUCGAACAAUCUCAAGUCUAGAAGGACAGGACCCAAUUUUAGAUGGACCAUUCACGGAACGAGAAAACGCCAUUUCCAAAUGCGCGUCGGCUGCCAUCAAAGCGGGUUUCAUUAUUUUUGCAAUUCAGGAUGGAGGUCAGUGUUUCUCUAGUGCCACUGCAUCGCAAACGUUUGACAAAUAUGGAGAAUCAAAUGAUUGUCAGUCUGAUGGGGAAGGAGGAGGGAUGGCCAAUCAAGUUUAUUACAUCAAAGGUACGAUAUAAUGGUCAUAGCAAAAAAAAAAAUACUGCUCCUGGGAGGAGCAUUGCCAUAUAUGGGCUAUAUAGGUUUAUUGUUCAUCCAAAAUAUUUCGCCGUCUCUGAUUGGCUCCAAUCUUCCGGCCAUUUUUUCAUAAGCAACUAGCUUUUGCCAUAUUUGGAAGAUGCGAGCAAUGUAUCAUCGAUGCGAUGGUAUAUUUAGGUUGUUCGAUGUUAUAUUUGCCUGAAAUCGAGGCUGCUUAAGUGACAGUAAAUUAAUAAAAGGCGUUCUCGGCUUUCCAAAAAACUUAAGACUAAGUUUUCAACAAAGUGUACGAGGAUUUAUGCUCACUUUACUAGAACCAAGAAAUAUUUUAAAUCAAUAAUAAAACAAUUAUUGAAUUGGGCUUUCGUAUGAUGUGAAGAAUUACGCUGAUCUCGCAGGCUAUUAUCCACCUCGGCCAAAAACAUUCUUCUCGACCUGCAUAAUUGUUCACAUCAACCUCAGCCUCAUUCAAUAAUGACGUUUAAUGUACCACUCUGAGGGUUGUGGUUCCAAGCAGUUUAGUCUUGGAUAGGUCAUAGAAUUCCGGGCGUUUUGGUCUAGAACGGGGUAUCAUUUUCCAAGAAACUGAACAAAUGGGUGAUGAUUUUAGUCUGGACUCGGGAAACUGCGAAUUGACACCUAAAACAUGAAAUCUGAAAAUUCAAAUUUACUGACAACUCAGUUUAAUAGCAAGUAUUGUCUGGAAAUAGCGACUCAAUGAUGGGAGGGGAUUUUAAUAGUUUUAAUCUGAGUCAGGUAUAGGGUAACAAAAGUCAGCUAAACUAGAUCUGAUCAAAAGUCUAGAGAGGAUCUCUUGAUCUGCCGUAGACUAUAAAGGUUCCAUGGUCUCAGCGGUAUAUCGCCCAUACUAAAGUAGCACGUUAGGAUUUGCAGACUGCAACAAUCAUCGUAUGGAAUGAAGCAGAGGGAGAGAAUUUCGCGACACAACCAGAGUCGCACUGAACAAUUGAAAUCGCGGGAUAGUAGUUGGGACUACAAGAUCUCAAACAUACUGCAGAACCUGAUUGUCAAAAGUUGGAUAGCGCUUUCCACCUGAAAAAUUGCUAUUCGGUUCAUGAGUAUCACGAGAACCAAUUGUGCGCUAUCGUUUGGAUAGUAACUUAUCCAUUGGAUAGCACUUUCUACCUUUUUGACCGCAACUGGGACCAGAUCUCUUUCUGUAUAACGGCAAAAGUUUUGCUUACCGUAUUUAUUCGAUUAACCGCCCUGGGCGCUUAUUAAAUUUUUGGACAUUGAGAGUGGGCGCUUAUUGGAGGUGAGCGCUUAUUCGAGGCUGGGCCCUUAUUGCAUUUUAACCAUUUUCAACAAGUAUAGUAUGUUUUUUUGCAACAAAACAAUAAAUGGUAAUAACGAAACACGAAGAUGUAACAAAGCAAGGUUUCUGUAAACUACCCCUACUCUGAAGAAAGCUCCGUCUUCGGGGAAGUCUCUUUAUGUUAGUACUUAUUCAAUCUCAGUGUAACCCAAGUGGGUGGGGUUGGGGUGGGCGCUUAUUAACUUUUUCCGCCUUUAGGAUGGGUGCUUCUUUGAGGUGUGCGCUAAUUCGAGGUUGGGCGCUUAUUCGAAUAAAUACGGUGUGUCAAAAGAAAAGUGGCGAAAUAAAUAAAACGUGGACACAUGUGGACGGGGCCUAAUUACGCGGGAUGACAUAGUCAGCCAGCGUCAUGAAUUCGGUUGCGCAUUCCUUUCGUAUUUUUUUGUUUUUAAUUAGUACCAACGCAUAUUCCAUUUUUCAGGAUAUAAUAGCGUUGGAUGCUACAAAGAUACAGGCGAUCGAGCAAUUACACCCCUGGAAGGGAUGGAUCCUAUUUUGGACGGAGAUUACCGAGUUCGAACAAAUGCUAUUGCCAAGUGUGCGGUAGCUGCAAUAAGAGCAGGUUACAGUAUGUUUGGUGUUCAGCAUGGCGGAUGGUGUACAUCCAGUGCUUCAGCUGCACAAACAUUUGACAAAUAUGGGGAAUCUAACGCUUGUGGAGCUGAUGGCGAAGGUGGAACUUGGGCCAAUCAUGUUUAUACUGUAAUAUAGAGCACCUCUAUUGGUACCUGUGUGCGUCGCUUUCGUCGCGAACCCCUAAGAUCAAAAUUUAAAUUCUCAUUUGUUACCCCUAUUCAUUUCCUACAGAAGUAGUGGCGAGAAGUAGAUAAGAUAUCAAAUAAAUUUAUCUUGGAGAGUGUGAUCAUGUCCGUAAUCCUCAUAACCACUCUGUUUUACAAAGCAUUGAGUUUUACAAGGAGAAAUGUCAUGCUGAUCACUCUUAGGGCUUAAAGGGUUAUCCUUUAAGAUCGUCCUCCAACCAAUAGCGAUCGUCGCGACUUGAUUUCGUCGGAAUAGAGAGCCUCAAUAUAAAAGACGCAGAAUCGAAUGUCUUCCGGCUCCCGGUCGGUUCAAAAGUUUAAUAGUACGUACGGUCCACCGGAUAAUUCACUUUAUAUCCGGUUGAUACGUAUUAGGGAAACCAAUUGUGUUAUCCACUGGACAGAGGUUAAGAUCAGUAGAUAAUGAUCUGUUAAUUAAUACCCGUAAUCAAGAGAGCUUGUAAAAACUCCUGGUGAUCAAGUUAAUAAAACAGUUACUACGUAGUUGAUUCCAAAUCAGUAAAAAAAAAUAUAUCACCCAUCACAAAGUUGAGUACAAAUUGUAAUACUUAAUUAAAUUCCAUUUUACCGAUACAAACACGAAAAAAAAAGAAUGAUUAAAGAGUAAGGAAUUUCAAAUUCAGAGUAUUCGAAUAUUAUAUUUUGACACUUUUCCUCUCCCCCCUUAUUUUAUAAGCUUUUUUAGAUCUAGUCAAUACCGGGGUGAUUUCGUAAUUCGUGCUUUUGAAAUACCCCCUUUUUUAUUGGCACAACAGAGUGUGUAACCGCGAGCGACCUCUGGACCCUCUUAUAAUCAGGCUACUCACAUAUGCAAAAGACAAGAAAAAAAAAAGAGAUAUUUUUGUAUGAGCUUUGUAAUUCGUACUUUUUAAAUACCGCCCCCCCUUUUUUUCUAUUGGCACAACAGAGUGUGUAACCGCGAGCGACCUCUGGACCCUCUUUAAAUCAGGCUACUCAAAUAUGCAUAAGACAAAAAAAAAAAAAACGGAUAUUUUUUUGUAUGAGCUUGCAGAGAGGUUUUAUUAGUACUUACAAUUAAAUCUCUUCCUGGCUUCGUUCAGUUAACUUGCGAUACAGCGGUAAAUUUAUAAUCAAGGAGUACAGUUAAGCGAGAAAAUUCAUGUUCUUUUAUAUCGAGGAUCAUCGGUAUGCUAUUCAACGACCACUGCUUUGCAUAUAGGAUCGUCUGGAUUUUGGGGGUAUUUCUUUGACCAGUAAAUGUAAUGCACCCAGACAUUCAUCUUAGUGAACUUUGUUCGCUAAAAGUGAAAUAAAAAAGUGAGAGUCACAUGCACCUUAGAGCAAGGAACAAACAAACGAACAAUAAUAAUAAUUUAAUAGUAUUAAUUAUAAAUAACUAUGAUAAUUAUUAAUUGUUAUUUUCAUUAACGCAUAAUGGGAUAAAUCAUAAGAGCAUGCGUAAAAGUCAUCAAAUAACGUUUCUGUUAGCAUUUCCUUGUUUGAACAGCAAGUAAAAUUACUUAACAUAUAAUGAGGCACUCAAGAAUGGGCGGUCAAUUGCUGUUAUAAUAAGUAAUAAGUAAUAACAAGAGAGGAUAAAGGGGACAGAGAAGGCAUCCCCCAUACACACCCUAUUCCACAGGUAAUUCGUCUCGAGUUAUUUUUAGAAUCGGGAUAAAGUUUACCGCGCGCUGCGUGGAUGUUUCGUGCAGGUUUCGCAUGACUAAACGCCGUGCAAAACAUGUCGGGCGAAAGGCAAUGAAAGCGUAAAGAGAUCGACAGCAUUUCUGAAUAUUGAAGCGAAAUGAGUCGGCGCUCACCUGGGAUAAGGGAAUCUCUGGACUCUCUGACAACCCGUGAAAUCAGUUUAACUCGAAGUUGUCGUAAUCUCAGUGCUUUAAUAAGAUGAGAAAUUUCGCCGGUCUAUUGAAACCGCAAGCCAGUAGGACGCCAAGUGUUAUUUUGGUUGAAUAAUAAAAGACUAAUAAAAGAAGAAAUAUCAAACCAGAAAUUGCUCUCUUCAAACUGUAAAUUAUAAAUGACCCUGAGAAAAUAUUCACUUGUUAAUUAAGGAUUUCCCUGCUGUACUGUUAGCUCUAUACAAGAGAAGAAGGGCGAUUAUUUUUUAAUUUCCGUUUCGCUAACACAGCUUUAGCAGAAAUCUCUCUUUAGUCGUUUUCGCCGACAAAACAAAUAGCAAUAUCGCUCUCCGCGUCUUCCGCCAUUUUUUCUGCGUCAUUUCUUCAAGGACACGUGGCUCUGAGCGUGGGUCAUCCACGCGGAACACAUUCGCGUUGUGUGAUUGGCUGUUGUCUAAUCCCCCUUGGGAUCUAUAGUCUUAAAAAUAACUCGAGACGAAUUACCUAUGGAAUAGGGUGUGUAUGGGGGAUGCCUUCUCUAUCCCUUUUAUCCUCUCUUGGAAAUAAUAAUAAUAAUGAUAAUAAUAAUAAUAAUAAUAAGAAGAAGAAAUUAAGACGAAGAAUGUCAAUGAUAAGAUAAUGAUAACAAGUAGGGAAAAAAGUUGAAAAAAUAUUAAACUAGGAGUAGUCGGAGCUUAGAAGAGUGCGUUCGAUAUGUUAGUAAGGCGUACAGGUAGCAGUUGAGGAGGAAGGGUGGAUGGUUAUUGCGAUAGAUUAAGCCCGAUUUCCAUAUGAUCGCUACGAUCAUUGUGAUUGCUGCGAUCACUGAGAAAAAAAGUUCAGCGAUCACAUGGAAACCACUCUCCAUCGAUCGCUGUGACAACGAUCGCUGAGAUAGAACUUUUUAUAUCUCAGCGAUUGUUUUCGCUGCGAUCGCUGCAGGAGAGUGGUUUCAUAUGAGCACUAUGAUCGCUGCGAUCGCUGAAGGUUUUUUUUCUUUUCUCAGCGAUCACAGCGAUCACAGCGAUGGUAAGUAGCGAUCAUAUGGAAACCAGGCUUUAAUUUGAUCAUGGCAUGUUUUAAACGUAAGGAUUGCUUACAGCGAAACCUCUAUUUAUUUAAGGCUAGUGAUAUCGUAUGGUCCGUCUCAAUAAGUGCAGUAAUUUGGUCGAAUGUGUUGAUUUCAGUGACUUGAGUGGAGCUACUGUGGGCUGUUUAUAAGUUUUUCCGAAUAAAUAACAUAGACCUAAUUGUAGGAUACCUUACAAGCUGUGAUAUAUAUACUAAUAGGCUACAUUUAUUGACAAGAUUAAUAUUUAAAACUAACAAAAUUUGAGAAACGUUCAGUUGUGGCCAUGGGCCUGCUAGAACUCCAAGUGAGUGAAAUUCGGCUGAAAAUAGCUCAACCCAAAAAUAAAGCACUUAAAAGGUGUCAUGAUCAGAGCGUGUGGCAUUAAAGUUAGGACGGUUUUAAUGAGACCAGCGAAAUUGGUUAUUAUGUGACCUUCAGAGUAGAGGCUGGUGUGAAGUGACUUGUCACUCGAACAGACGAAGCUCGUUGCCAAAAAUUAUUUAUCAGUUUCGAUAUCGCAAAUGCAAACACCUUUCCAGGAAAGAAAUUAGUUCUCUAAUAAUAAACUUACUCUCCUUCAUUAUCCUGAAAUAGCCUUUUAGAGGUGUUUCUAAGCCCUAAUUGAAACUUGACUGCACUGAAAAGUUAAAUGAAGUGUGUUGUCAAGAACCAACGUACAUAAGUGUUUUUAAUUUGUUUGUAACUAUAUAUUAAAGAAAAAAAAACUGAAUGCUAGGAAAUGCAGAUAUUCUUAUGCUUACAAGGAGAAGAGAUUACAAUAGAGCAAAUUAAAGGACUGACGGAUGUAUUCACUAGAUUGAAAUAAACAAGUUGUAGAAUUUUAGAAUUAAGCAAAAAUCAACUACCCUAUUUAACAGUUCAUAAACUUGCCACCCGCCAUAGAACAAUCGGUUAUGAUAAUAUAAUCUCCUAUGGGAAGUUUUAUGAAAUUGUUAUUACCCAUCUUAUAGGAAAACUGAGGACAAAAAUUAAUAAUAAAAAACAAACGACUCUGAUGCCUUCACAGCUUUGGAAAAUGUCUUUGGUGCAAGCUGAAAAUUAGAACCUGAACCGGAAAAACACCUAUGUCGCGCGUGAGGAAAAAGUCAGGUUUAGAUUAUACACAUUGCAGUUGACAGGUCAAUCAUUGACGUUCGUUAGUCAAGUCACUCACUGUUAUUUGUGUAGUUGCAACAAGUGAUAAUAUUUUUUGGCCCUUGUUCCCCGCCAUCUUUACCUAUAUCGCUACGUCAGUCUGGUAUAUUUUAUUAUCAUGAAAAUCUUUAUCAUGCCAAAUUUGUUGUCUUAAUUCUUUUUCUCCAUGCAUGAAUAAAACAUGAGUCAAUGUUUGACUUUUAUCAACUGCGGACCGUUAUUGACUCGAACUUCCUGUAAAGAACAUUAUCAAUCUGCACCCCAUGAAUAUUUUGAAACUCUGCCAACGACCAAGAUAACACCACCACAAAAGAAUAUUGCUCUUACCUUUUCAAAAGCAUUUAGCUCCUGAGUAGUCAAACAACCUUUUCUCUGCAAGUAGAAAAUCAUGACCGCAAAAUCCCGAUUCAUUUUUCAAAGGAUCGGCCUAUUAACUGAGAAAAUAAGCUGAAAAUGUAGAUAUGGCGAAAAGCCAGAUCAUCUCUUUUCUGCUGAGUAAUUUUCAAAGAAUACAGGUGGGGCGUUUUCUCUAACGAAUAUUAAUAAACUUCAAUUAAGUGUUAAAAACCUUGCCGACCGUCUUCUGUCGGUAGCUCUUGGUCACGCAUUUUUUCGUCUUGAAUGCCUGUUAUGUUAAAAUAGUACGCCUUGUUUCAGCCUCUUUGCAAAUCUGAUUUUAAAAUCAGUCUAUUAAUAAUAUUUUAAGAUGUUUCAUUUUUUAAAACCCUGGUUUAACAAACAUGCUGCAUUUGUCGCGGAGUGAUAUUACCUGGACCUCCCAUAGCGUCUUUUACACCGUAAAAGAUCGUCAGAAAACCGCGGUAUCGCGCCUAGAAACUAUAGGAGGAUUGCAGAGAACGGUUGAAAUGCUUUUCAGUAUACAAAUUGUCUAACUGUUAUAACACGACAUGUUUGAUUUAAUUUUCAAACUGAAUUCGACUUCGGGACAACACUAUGUAGAUUACAGUAUGCAGCUGUUUAAUUUUUAAAUUGUGUCUACAGCAGGUGGAUUUAGAAGCAUUAUUAAGAAUCCUCCAUGUAAGGCGUUUUUAUUAUCUAUUGGAGUUUCAACUUCCGUUCACCAGUUCUGGCUGCUAAAGUGUUGAUGUGCGCUGACGGGUUCAGAUAGCGAUGAGUUGAGAUACAAAAAUAUGGACUCCUUUCUUCGUGGUCAAAACGUUACCAUUUUGUUCUUGUCAAUAAAACUUUACUUAGCUUACGUGGAAGGUAAGUGCUGCGAUUUUAGUUCUUUUAAGUUAAACGCUUCCAUUUAAAUAUCUUUGGAACUUUAUAUCAUGUCUUGGUUAAAUAAACAAAUUCUAGUUUUCAUAAUAGGGAAGGAGCAUGGUUUUCAUUUUCAUCCACUGCACGUGUCUGGCUAAUUUCUUUUGAGUCUGCCCCUUUUUGAACCAUUUUCAGCUAUAAAAUAACAUAUAGAUAUAAAUAGAUUUGAAAUUUAUAUGCACCUACUUUCAACUUAAAUCUGAUUUUCUGAAAGAUUCCUUCUUUAACUUAGCUGUUAAUUUAUUCUUUAAGAAAUGUUGCAAUUUCUGCACAAUUAGGUUUCAACACUCUUUUAUCACAUGAAACCCUUACCUUCUGCAUGAAUGCUCUUUGAAUUUCUGAAAUAAAUAAAUAAAAAAUAAUAAUAAUAAUAAUCACCCAAAGGGGUUACGUACGUCCCAAGGAUAUUGCUGUUUCAGGUCAUGAUCACUUCUGUGAUGCUGAAGCCAUUAAUUAGUGCUUUUUAAAAUUUGUUCAAGCACAAAAUACUCCUAUAUACUGGUUAAGAAAAUAUCAAACAAAUAGAAAGAAGUGUGACGUCAUGUUACCAUGGUAGCAAAAUAUUUGGAUCACAACAAUAGGGACCUUAAGUAACGGCGACGGCGACGGCAACGAAAACGGCAAAAAAAGCAAUAAGUUUAGAUAACAAAACAACAACUUUGCACGUGCAUCACGCUUUUUUGUACAUUUCUUAGCCGUCGUAGCAGGGCUAUAAAAAAACGACGUGAAACUUCCUAAUUUCACGCGUCCGCUUUAUAAACUAGGUGAACACAACACGAUUUCAUUUUCUAGCUUAAAUACGGUCCUUUCGGCUUUAACCCCAGAAAAUUUAGCCGACAUUUGACAAAUUAAUUGAAACUGAACGAGAUCGAUGAAGUCUGAAACAGUUUUAAGUGACGUUUUCCGGUUUGUUGUCAUCCAGAAAUUUUGCUACCAUGGCAACGUGAGGUAACGACUUCUCUUCUCUAUUACAGCAGAGAUCACUUGUCUAAUAACUUUUUUAGUCAUUUUUCCAUGCAUAGGUUUAAAACUUCAAAACUCCCAUCACUUUCAAGUUUCAAUGUCCAUCCUUGCAUUCCGUUGCAAGAGACGACAGGAAAAAGUUUGCCUAAAACUAAAUACACGUGUCAUAACAGAUUUUAAAACGGCAGCAGAUAGCGUGAAGUAAACCCUGUAUUUGAUUAGUAUUGAAUGAUGAAUGAUGACUGACAAUCUUUAUUGAGGAUGCCAACUUCACUUAACUAGUGAUUUACAGGGGUCCUCUUAGACUAAAAUAAUUAACAAAAAAAACAACUUACAUGAUAUUGAAAGUUGAAAAAAUUGAGAAAGUUUUAAAAAAAGUUGCAUGAUAAAAGUUUAAAACAGGAGAUGUACAUCAAUAAAAAUUAAGAAUCUAAAAUCACUUAAAUUUUAAACAUAUAUUUAAUAACAUACAAGUAUGUAAGCUAGUUUUCAAUUAAAAACCAAGCGCUUCCAAAUAAGUACCUUUCAAAACCUGUUCGGCUCUGGAUCAGAUAUAUCGCUGCUGAAAAAAUUCCACUCAUCAAUUUCUCGUCACAUAAAAGUUGUCAUCUAUUCAGCAGAGCAACAUGAGCCUUAAGCUAAACUCUCUCCUCCCUCCACGGCCUAGCGCUUGUAUUUUCAUGCAUUUCUCCGCUGUUUGAUGUCAUUUCUAGUGCCAAAGUAAACCAGUUUCAAAAUAAACUGACUCUCUCGUGUCAGUGUACAACAACACAAACGUACAUAAAUGCUUCCCGAUUAACUACUCCUUUUACCCCCGAUUUACAACCCUAUAAAAAUAAGGAAUCCAAUGCAACAUAUAUUUGUCCACGUACAGCAAAUUUGAUCUAUUUUUUUGUGCAGUGUUUUGUUCAUGUGAGAGGACGGAUGUUGACUGUUUCAGGUGAAUGUCGAGAACUGUCGUUUCCAGAUUCCUUCUCCUUUACAGCUAAACGUCUGCAGAACCACGCAAUAAGAACUCAACAGGUCGCAGAUGUAGAUAGCUGCGAGCUCCUUUGUUUCUGGGAAUCUAACUGCGUCAGUAUUAAUUUCAAAGAGAAAACAAGGAGCUGUGAGUUGAACAAUGCAACUCAUCGAGGGUAUGGUUAUCACCUGGAAGACGAUGCCGACUACGUAUAUCAUGGAGCAGAAGUAAGAGUACAUCAUAACAUUUAUAUUUAGAUUUAGAUUUAGCCAAGCCAAAAGCGAAGCUCUCGUGGGAUUUUUGAGGAAAUGUCUUUCUAAAGCCUGCGAUCAGUUGAAUACCGUAACUGGGCAGCGGAAAAAUUAAAUAAAACACGUCACCUCAAUGAAUUUUUCACCUGAACCCGCGAUAAAGUCAUGUGACACUGGUCAGCAGAUACCCUAUUGUGACAGCUGUCAAUAGAUCAUAACAUGGAUGCGAGCAAGUAAGGCAUUUGACAUCCGCUAACAUGAACAAGCGGAAGUACGAACGGACGAUUUUGUCGGAACCAAAUUUCUUGGAUGCAUAGGUUGCAUGUUUACCAUUUACAAAGAGUUUCUAGAAAAUCCGGUUGGAUAAAGUAAAUGGAACAAAACGUUUUGGGUAGUUCCUGCGGAUACCCACACUUUCUUUCCUGUGUGCAGAUCGGAUGCAGAAAUAGACAACAGCACGUCUACUCGGAAGAUUUAGUCAGCACAACGGCAAAUGUGAACAUGAUAGAGCGCGGAAAGGUGAAAGCGAAUUGCAGAGCUUUAAUUAGCCUCUCUGCCAUGGGUCAUUUGGGUUUUUAGAUCUGCGCGAGCCUACGUCACUGUCGUCACCUUGUCUAAUUUGCCAUAUCUGCCGACGGUCCUUUGACUAUGGAGGAAAUUUUCGCAUGUCUUACCCAGACAAGUUUCGCUUUGAUUACUUAAAUUUGCUACAUCAUUUAAUACCUUUUCAUCUCAUUCACCGUUCAUUUGUUUCUUGAAAGAGUGCUUGUGACGUCAAUCCAUGCCAUAACAAUUCUACCUGCCAGUCGGGAUUUACAGACCAACGGUAUCGUUGCGUAUGUGCGCCGGGUUUUACUGGCGAAGAUUGUGGACAGGGUAAGAAUAAAAGAAUUGAAAACGAUUUUGUGUUUCUACCAUUCCUUCUAACACCUUUACCUGAAGAAUGCUGCUGAUUAAGAAGUAUUUUAAGAGCCAGCUGUGAUUUCAUUUGUUUGUGUUAGGCAAAAAAAGUAAAAUAAAGCUAGGGAGUACUCUUUAUGAACCCUUGCUAACAACUUUGUGAGGUCGUCAGGACGAACGAAAGCGCACCCAGGGACAGUUAAGAGGGCGGAAAAUUGCUUCAUAGAAAGAACAAAAAGAGCGCACAUGACGUUCCUAGUUUACUUGGCAACCGAGUUAAAGUGGAAAUAAUAAUACUAAUAAAUUGAAUAAAUACUCCUUUUUCCCUAACCUCACACACAGAUCUUAACUACACAAGCGCACUUUUCUGUUACAAGAGUACAGUUGACAAAGUACUUUUUUCAUGACAAAACAAAUGAAACAAUGAUUAUUUGUUCUUGGUUCAGAAAUAUUGUGAUUCACAGACACAUGACUAUGCAUUAGGCGUUGUUUAGAGACAAUUCAGUGGGAUCGCCUGGCUGUUGUUUGCUUGGUAGCUUUAAGCGAGCAACUUCUUUCAAAUUUAGUCCUGUGUCGUUUAUUAUUAUAAAGAGUUUUUCCUUAUCUCAAAUAUUUCAAUUUGCCCAGAUGUCGACGAAUGCAGUGCCUUUUCCUCCAUCUGUGAUAUAAAUGCCAUCUGUCGGAAUAGUGAAGGAUCUUAUCUAUGUUCAUGUAAGGAGGGGUUUGCUGGUGAUGGCAAGGCUUGCAAAGGUAAAGCGAAUAACCUAUAACCUAUUUAACAAAAGUGUAGUUCUACUAUAAACAAUUCUUAACUAUACGUGCGUCUAUUGAGGAAUAACUAGACUGAUUGAAUCAUACAUAUUAGAUCAAGAUGAAAAAUAAGGGGAGGGAAAAAUCAAUGUGGGGAUAUUCUAGAUGGGUUGAAAGGAUUUGCAAAACUUUUAAAAAGAAAACAAAACUGACUAUCUGCAAAUAUUUCAAACAUGUCUGAAAGUGUUUUGUCUGACAUCGAGACGCUCAUUGAGAGAUUAUCUAUAGAAGACGUGUGGGUGUGUUUCGUCUGAGAUUUAACGAUCACCGAGAUUUAACAAACACGCAGGAGAGGAAGUGUCAAAUCUGACAUCCCAGCACUGACUGCGUGUGUUCAAAAACGGAUGUGGGGUUGGUAGAAUCUCGUGUGAUAUGCAGACUCUCAGAGGUGAUAUAUCAAACAGAUGAAGGAGCGUUGCGUCUGAUAUCAGGACAUGAAAAGUGAAACACGAAUCACCAGUGGGAGUGUUUCAUCCAAUAUCCGGCCCCCAGUGGAAAUAUACAAAACACGAGUGGGAUAUCAAGACACAAAGUAGUUUUUAAACGGGUUGCGACCCAUUUUCCUUGUCGAUUUCGAUGUUUUGGAAUAUAGGUUGAAACACGUCAUUUAUAUCAGGCGCGUUUUGAUAUAGUUCCUCAAAUAAUCAGCUCUAUUCAAGUUUUAGAGAAAUUCAUUCUUCGAAGUUCGAAAAAUGCUAUGACGAUCAAUAUUCCAUUUCUUUCUUUCUCCUCCAUGCGUUGUUAACGAGUUUCAGAGACGCCACCUAGAAUUUAUAAAAUUACUGUUAAUCGUGUGUUUGAUUUUGCUGCAUUUAAAGAAUAUAAGCUAGCAUACAUUUCGUCAUAUUUUUUAAAUGAAAUAAGAUGAACAUAAUCUGUUGCUCAUUUCCUCCAGCUUACGAAACCGUUGGAUGUUUUAAGGACACCGCAAAUCGCACAAUCUCAAGUCUAGAAGGACAGUACCCAAUUUUAGAUGGACCAUUCACGGAACGAGAAAACGCCAUUUCCAAAUGCGCGUCGGCUGCCAUCAAAGCGGGUUUCAUUAUUUUUGCAAUUCAGGAUGGUGGUCAGUGUUUCUCUAGUGCCACUGCACCGCAAACGUUUGUCAAAUAUGGAGAAUCAAAUGAUUGUCAGUCUGAUGGGGAAGGAGGACGGAUGGCCAAUCAAGUUUAUUACAUCAAAGGUACGAUAUAAUGGUCAUAGAAAAAAAAAAAUACUGCUCCGGGGAGGAGCAUUACCAUAUAUGGGCUAUAUAGGUUUAUUGUUCAUCCAAAAUAUUUCGCCGUCUCUGAUUGGCUCCAAUCUUCCGGCCAUUUUUUCAUAAGCAACUGGCGCUUACCAUAUUUGGAAGAUGCGAGCAAUGUAUCAUCGAUGCGAUGGUAUAUUUAGGUUGUUCGAUGGUAUAUUUGCCUGAAAUCGAGGCUGCUAAGUGACAGUAAAUUAAUAAACGGCGUUCUCGGCUUUCCAAAAAACCAAAGACUAAGUCUUCAACAAAGUAUACGAGGAUUUACGCUUACUUUACUAGAACCAAGAAAUAUUUUGAAUGAAUAAUAAAACAAUUAUUGAAUUAGGCUUUCAUAUGAUGUGAAAAAUUAUGCUGAUCUCGCAGGCUGUUAUCCACCUCGGCCAAAAACAUUCUUCUCGACCUGCAUAAUUAUUCACAUCAACGUCAGCCUCAUUCAAUAAUGAUGUUUAAUGUACCACUCUGAGGGUUGUGGUUCCAAGCAGUUUAGUCUUGGAUAGGUCAUAUAAUUCCGGGCGUUUUGGUCUAGAACGGGGUACCAUUUUCCAGGAAAAUAAACAAAUGGUUGAUGAUUUUAGUCUGGACUUGGGAAACUGCGAAUUGACACCUAAAACAUGAAAUCUGAAAAUUCAAAUUUACUGACAACUCAGUUUAAUAGCAAAAGCGUCGACUUCGGUAUUGUUUGGAAAUAGCGACUCAAGGAUGGGAGGGGAUUUUAAUAGUGUUAAUAGUCAGGUAUAGGGUAACAAAAGUGAGCUAAACUAGAUCUGACCAAAGGUCAAGAGAGGAUCUCUUGAUGUGCUGUAGACUAUAAGGGUUCCACGGCCCCAGCGGUAUAUCCCCCAAACUAAAGUAGCACGUUAGGAUUUGCAAACUGCAACAAUCAUAGUAUGGAAUGAAGCAGUAGGAGAGAAUUUCGCGACACAACCAGAGUCGCACUGAACAAUUGAAAACGCAGGAUGAUAGUUGGAACUCCAAGAUCUCACACAUACUGCAGAACCUGAUCGUCAAAAGUUGGUUAGCGCUUUCCACCUGAAAAACUGCUAUUCGGUGGAUGAGUAUUACGAGAACCAAUUGUGCGCUAUCCUUCGGAUAGAGUUAUCCAUUGGCUAGCACUUUCUACCUUUUUGACCGCAACUGGGACCAGAUCUCUUUCUGUAUAACGGCAAAAGUUUUCCCUACCGUAUUCAUUCGAUUAACCGCCCUGGGCGCUUAUUAAGUUUUUGGACGUUGAGAGUGGGCGCUUAUUCGAGGUGAGCGCUUAUUCGAGGCUGGGCGCUUAUUGAAUUUUCACCAUUUUCAACAAGCAUACCUUUUUUUUUGCAACAAAACAAUAAAUGGUAAUAACGAAACGCGAAGAUGUAACAAAGCAAGGUUUCUGUAAACCACCCGUACUCUGAAGAAAACUCCGUCUUCGGGGACGUCUUUUUAUGUUAGUAGUUAUUCAAUCUCAUUGUAACCCAAGUGGGUGGGGUGGGGGUGGGCACUUAUUGACUUUUUCCGCCUUUAGGAUGGGCGCUUAUUUGAGGUGUGCGCUAAUUCGAGGUUCGGCGCUUGUUCGAAUAAAUACGGUAUGUCAAAAGAAAAGUAGCGAAAUAAAUAAAACCUGAAUACGUGUGGACGGGGCCUACUAAUUAUGCGGGAUGACGUAGUCAGCCAGCGUCAUAAAUUCGGUUGCGCAUUCCUUUCGUAUUUUUUGGUUAUUAACUAGUACCAACGCAAAUUCCAUUUUUCAGGAUAUGAUAGCGUUGGAUGCUACAGAGAUACCUGGGAUCGAGCAAUUCCACCCCUGGACGGGAGGGAUCCUAUUUUGGACAGAUUUUACAGUGAUCGAAAAAAUGCUAUUGCCAAGUGUGCGGUAGCUGCAAUAAGAGCAGGUUACCGUAUGUUUGGUGUUCAGAAUGGCGGAUGGUGUGCAUCUAGUGCUUCAGCUCCCCAAACAUUUGACAAACAUGGGGAAUCUAACGCUUGUGGAGCUGAUGGCGAAGGUGGACCUUGGGCCAAUCAUGUUUAUACUGUAAUAUAGAGCUCCUCUAUGGGUACCUGUGUACGUCGCUUUCGUCGCGAAACCUUAAGAUCAAAAUUUGAAUUCUCAUUUGUUACCCCUAUUCAUUUCCUACAGAAGUAGUGGCGAGAAGUAGAUAAAAUAUCAAAUAAAUUAAUCUUGGAGUGUGUGAUCAUGUCCGUAAUCCUCAAAACCACUCUGUUUUACAAAGCAUUGAAUUUUACAAGGAGAAAUUUCAUUCUGAUCACUCUUAGGGCUUAAAGGGUUAUCCUUAAAGAUCGUCCUCCAAACAAUAGCGAUCGUCGCGACUUUGAUUUCGUCGGAAUAGAGAGCCUCAAUAUAAACGACGCAGAAUCGAAUGUCUUCCGGCUCCCGGUCGGUUCAAGAGUUUAAUAGUACGUACGGUCCACCGGAUAAUUCACUUUAUAUCCGGUUGAUACGUAUUAGGGAAACCAAUUGUGUUAUCCACUGGACAGAUGUUAAGAUCAGUAGAUAAUGAUCUGUUAAUUAACACCCGUAAUCAAGAGAGCUUGUAAAAACUCUUGGUGAUCAAGUUAAUAAAACAGUUACUACGUAGUUGAUUCCAAAUCAGUGAAAAAAAUAUAUCAUCCAUCACAAAGUUGAGUACAAAUUGUAAUACUUAAUUAAAUUCCAUUUUACCGAUACAAACACGACCCAAAAAAGAAUGAUUAAAGAGUACGGAAUUUCAGAGUAUUCGAAUAUUACAUUUUGAGACUUUUUCAUCUCCCCCCUUAUUUUAUAAGCUUUUUUAGAUCUACUCAAUACCAGGGUGAUUUCGUAAUUCGUACUUUUUAAAUACCCCCCCCCCACUUUUUUCUAUUGGCACAACAGAGUGUGUAACCUCGAGCGACCUCUGGACCCUCUUUUAAUCAGGCAACUCACAUAUGCACAAAAAAGAAAAAAAAAACGGAUAUUUUGUAAGAGCUUUGAGAGAGGUUUUAUUAGUACUUACGAUAAAAUCUCUUCCUGGCUUGGUUCAGUUGACUUGCGAUACAGCAGUAAAUUUAUAAUCAAUGAGUACAUUAAAGCGAGAAAAUUCAUGUUCUCUUACAUCGAGGAUCAUCGGUCUGCUAUUCAAUGACCACUGCUUUGCAUAUAGGAUCGUCUGGAUUUGGAGGGUAUCUCAUUGACCAGUAAAUGUAAUGCACCCAGACAUUCAUCUUAGUGAACUUUGUUCGCUAAAAGUGGAAAAAAAAAGUGAGGGUCAGAUGCACCUUAGAGAAAGGAACAAACAAACAAACAAACAUAAUAAUAAUUUAAUAGUAAUAAUUAUAAACAAUUAUAAUAAUUAUUAAUCGUUAUUUUCAUAAACACAUAAUAGGAUAAAUCAUAAGAAGAUAUCUUAAAGUCAUCAAAUAACGUUUCUGUUAGCAUUUCCUUGUUUGAACAGAAAGUAAAAUUACUUAAUAUAUAAUGAGGCACUGAAGAAUGGGCGGCCAAUUGCUGUUAUAAUGAGUAAUAAGUAAUAAUAAUAAUAAUAAUAAUAAUAAUAAUAAUAAUAAUAAUAAUAACAAUAAUAAGAAUAAUAGUCUAAGGUCUUUGUGGCCCACAGUUUCUGAGUAAUUCGCCAAAACGUUUCACACACCUUAGUAGAGCUUUGUAAGGAGACGCCACAUGGUGUACAGUUUUGGUGCACCAAUAUGGCCGCCGGAAAUCAACAAAAACAUAUGCAGUUCACUUUUUCUAUAAAAACUCUUUCUUUUCACUCGAAAACUAGCAUACGAGAGUAUAUACAUAUCUUCUAAUACUUGAGAUGGUUAUACCGCUGAAAAUCAAGAGGAGAGACUUUUUUCAACGAGACAGCAUUCCUAUUUUGUUGUCACGCACUGUGAAAAUUCGGAAGUUCAAAUUGCGGUAUUUUCGAAAUGAAACAUGCUACGGGAAUGAAAACUUGUGCAAAGAUUUAUUUUUUGUUUAUCUUUAACCUAGUGUAAAUAAGAAUUCGUAAAACUUUGCAAUUUUGACUUUACAAUUUGAUGACGUCACUGUGAAAACCAUCUAUAGCCAACAUCUUAACUUCGCCGCGAGAAAAAACCGCUGGCACCCAGGAUUUGACCGUAUUUUUACAGUACUUGCGUAAACAGUCAAUAGACCAUUUUCGAUAUAUUAAACUUCAUACUUGCCUUUCAGGUUUGGGGGAAUAAAACAAAAGGAAUGUAUUAUUCAUUUUUGAGCCUGAAUUUUAAUAUAUCGGAACUGGUCUAUUGAGCAUCACCAGCGAUCGUUCAAUGUUUCUGAUAAUUUUAAAUUUAUUGCCAUGCAUUAGUUAAUGCAUGCAUUAGUUAAUGCAUUAGUUAAUGCUGUAGACAUUGGUUUCUCAUGCACUUGUAGUGCGAGAUUUGCGACAAACAUUUUAUGGCUUUGUUAUUGGCGUACAAGUUCUCAAAGACAGGUAUUGCAUUUAGUUAAUGCUGUAGACAAAGGCCAUCCCUCUCAUGCACUUGUAGUGCGAGAUUUGCGACAAAAUAUUUCAAGGCUUUGUUACUGGCGUACAAGUUCUCAAAGACCUUUAAAAUUAGCAGUUAAUAAAACUUGGGAGGUAUUGUCCUAAAAAGUCUUGGCGGGCCUACUUAAGUCGAUCAUUUUAUGGCUGCCUAAGCGAGAAGGCUGGUUCAUUAAUCGAAUCCUGUGUUUUGAUUGGUAACUUUGGCGGACAAGAUGGACCAAUCUUCCUUGAUCCUGCUCGCUAAUUUCCAAGAGUCCAUUAGGGGAAUCGUGUUCAACUGACAGCUUUCAUAUUUUUGGCUUUUCUUUUCAUUCUCAUGUGUUUUCGUUUGUUAGUCAUUUACUUUUUUUCUUUUUUCUUUUUUUCGUGUACUCUAAUUAGUGUAGCCAGCUGACUGCUAUUGUUGAUCAGUAUGCUGUAUAAGUCACUGUUUCAGUUACUAACUGGACUCAUGAAGUAUUUUACUAUUUGUGGAGCGGUUAUUAAAGGUGACGAAUUUUUAAACAGUGGAGAAUUUGCAAAAAUGGAAAAAAAACUUGCUGACUUAAGUCAUAUAUUUAAGAAACAAAUCGUUAGUUAGAAAUGAACUAAGUUGUACUAAGAUUAUUUCAAAGCAUGCAGUCGAGAUUCCAGUUUACAGUCGGGAAAGUGAGCCGUGAAAUUCGGCUGAAAAUAGCUCACCCAAAAAUAAGUUAAAAGGUGUCAUGAUCAGGGCGUGUGGCAUUAAAGUUAGGACGGUUCUAAUGAGACCAGCGAAAUUGGUUAUUGUGCGACCUUCAGAGUAGAGGCUGGUGUGAACGAACUAGUCACUUGAACAAACGAAGCUUGUUGCCAAAAUUAUUUAUCAGUUUCGAUAUCGCAAAUGCAAACACCUUUCCAGGAAAGAAAUUAGUUCUUUAAUAAUUAACUUACUCUCCUUGAUUAUCCUGAAAUAGCCUUUUAGAGGUGUUUCUAAGCCCUAAUAGGACAAUUGCAUGAUGACGUCAUUUUACUACAACUACCAGAAUCCUUCAGUUUGCUGUUUUCUUGUGCAAAUUAAGGCUUUUGUUCUUUAAACCUCAGUGGAAUUGACAAAUUCAAACAAGAAAGUAAAGACGAAAUGAAUUUUAGUAGUUGAAGUCAAACAUCGUCAUCGUGAAAAUGACCUAUUGAAACUUGAUUGCAAAAAUUUUAUGAACUGUGUUGUCAAGAACCACCGUACAUAAGUGUUUUGUUUUUGUAAAUACUAAAGAAAAAAACUGAAUACUAGGAAAGGAAUAAAUUUUUCUGCUUACAAGGAGAAGAGAUUACAAUAGAGCAAAAGCACUGACUGAUGUAUUCACUAGAUUAAAAUGAACAAGUUGUAGAAUUUUAGAAUUAAGCAAAAAUCAAGUACCCUAUUUAACAGAAUUCAUAAACUUGCCACUCGCCAUAGGACAAUCAUUUAUGAUAAUAUAGUCUCCUAUGAGAAGUUUUAUUAAAUUGAUAUUACCCAGAAACGACUCUGAUGCCUUCAGAACCUUGGAAAAUUUCUUUGGUGAAACUGAAGAUUAGAACCUGAACUGGAAAAACAACUUUCUCCCGCGUGAGAAAAAAUAUUAGUCAGAUUAGUUGACAGGUCAAUAACUUUCGUUACUCAAGUCACAGACUGUUAUUUGUGUAGUUGCAACAAGUGAUAAUACUGUUGGCCCUUCUUUUCCCAUCUUUAACCAUAUCGCUACGUUAGUCUGGUAUACCGUAAAAUUCCUAAAAUAAGCCCCGAGGCUUAUAUUUUUGAAAGUCCCUUUUUGAGGGGCUUAUUUUUGGAGGGGCUUAUAUUCGGAGAAGAUUAUCUAUGGAGGGAAAUUUGCGUUUCAGAAUCGAUUGAGCUAGCCUUUUAGUUGAAAGUAAAUUUACUGUUUUUGCUUUGUUUUACUUUGUAUUUGAGGGCAAUUUUCUAAGUACAAGCCCCCGGGGGCUUAUAUUUGGAGGGGCUUAUACAUGGAGGGGCUUAUUUUCGGAAUUUUACGGUAUUUUAUUAUCAUGAACAUCUUUAUCAUGCCAAAUUUGGUGUCUUAAUUAUUUUCUCCAUGCAUAUAAAUUAAAAAAUUAGUGAAUGUUUCAGACUCUUAUAGACUGCCGCGUGCGGACCCUUAUUGAAUCGAACGUCCUGAAAAAAACAUUAUCAAUUUGCACCCCAUGCAUAUUUUGAAACUCUAACACCAUCACAAAAGAAUAUUGUUCUUACCUUUUCAAAAGCAUUUAGCUCCUGAAUAGUCAAACAAACUUUCUCUGCACGUAGAAAAUUGACCGCAAAAUUUGUUUCAUUUGCCGAAGGAUUAACUGAGAAAAAAGCUGAACAUGUAGAUAUGGAGAAAAGCCAGAUCACCUCUUUUCUGCUGAAUAAUUUUCAAAGAAUACUGGUGGGGCAUUUAAUUUUCUCUAAUGAAUAUUAACAAACUUCAAUUAAGCUUUAAAACCUUGCCGACCGUCUUCGGUCGAUUCGGAGCCCCUGGUCACGUAUUUUUUCGUCUUGAAUACCUGUUAUGUUAAAAUAGUACGCCUCGUUUCAGCCUCUUUGCAAACCGCGGUAUCGUGCCUAGAAAAUAUAGGAGGAUUGCAAAGGCUUUUCAGUAUACAAAUUGUCUAACUGUUUCAACACAUGUUUGAUUUAAUUUUCAAACUGAAUUCGAACUUCGGUACAACACUAUGUAGAUGACAGUAUGCAGCUGUUUAAUUUUUAACUUGUGUCUACAGCAGGUGGAUUUAGAAGCAUUAUUAAGCAUUAUUAGGUAGCCGUUUUCAUUAUAUAUUGGAGUUUCAACUUCCGUUCACCAGUUUUGGCUGCUUAAGUGGUGAUGUGCGCUGGUCGGUUCAGAAAGCGAUGAGUUGACAUGUAAGAAAUAUGAACUCCUUUCUUCGCGGCCAAAGCGUUACCAUUUUUUUCUUGUCAUUAGAACUUUACUUAGCUUACGUGGAAGGUAAGUGCUGCGAUUUUAGUUUUUUUAAGUUAAACGCUUCCAUUUAAAUAUUUUUGGAUUACUUUAUAUCAUGUCUUGGUUAUAUGAACAAAUUCUAAUUUUCACAGUAUGGAACGAGCAUGGUUUUCAUUUUCAUCCACUGCACGUGUCUUUGGCUUAUUUCUUUUGAGUCUGCCCCUUUUUGAACCACUCUCAACUAUGAAAUAAUAUAUAGAUAUAAACAGAUUUUAAAUUCAUAUGCACCUAUUUUCAACUUAAAUAUUUUCUGUCAGAUUCCUUCUUUAACUUAGCUGUUAAUUUAUUCUUUAAUAAAUGUUGCAAUUUCUGCACAAUUGGGUUUCAACACUCUUUUAUCACAUGAAACGCUUACGUUGUGCGUGAAUGCUCUCUGAAUUUCUAAGAUAAAAAAAUAUAUAUUUAUUGCCCAAAGGGGUUACGUACGUCACAAGGAUAUUGCUGUUUCAAAUCAUGAUCAAUUCUGUGAUGCUGAAGCCAUUACUUUGUGCUUUUUAAAAUUUGUUCAAGCUCAAAAUACUCCUAUAGACAGUUGUAUAGACUGGUUAAGAAAAUAUCAAACAAAUAGAGAGAACAAGUGUGACUUCAUGUUACCAUGGUAGCAAAAUAUUUGGAUCACAACAAUAGGGAGCUUAAACAACAACGACGGCGACGGCAACGAGAACGGCAAAAAAAAGCAAUAAGUUUAGAAAGCAAAACAACAACUUUGCACCUGCAUCACGCUUUUUGGUACAUUUUUUAGCCGUCGUAGCAUGACUAUAAAAAAAACGACGUGAAAGUUCCUAAUUUCACGCGCCCGCUUUAUAAACUAGGUGAACACAACACGAUUUUUUUUAUAGCUUAAAUAAUGUCCUUUCGUAUUUAACCCCAGGAAAUUUAGCCAACAUUUGUCAAAUUAAUUGAAACUGAACGAGAUCGAUGAGGUCUGAAACAGUUUUACGUGACGUUUUCCGGUUUGUUGUCAUCCAGAAAUUUUGCUACCAUGGUAACGUGACGUAACGACUUCUCCUCUCCAUUACAGCAGGGAUCACUUGUCUAAUAACUUUCUUAGUCAUUUUUCCAUGCAUAGGUUUAAAACUUCAAAAAUCCUAUCACUUUCAAGUUUCAAUGUCCAUCCUUGCCAUCCGUUGCAAGAGACGACAGGAAAAAGUUUGCCUAAAACUAAAUACACAUUUUAUAGCAGGUUUUAAAAGGGUAGCAGAUAGCGUGAAGUAAACCCUGUAAUUGCUUAGCAUUGAAUGAUGAAUGAUUACUGAUAAUCUUGAGUGAGGAUGCCAACUUCACUUAACUAGUGGUUUACAGGAGCGGGUCCUCUUAGACUAAAAUUAUUAACGAAAAUAACAAUUUACAUGAUUUUGAAAGUUUAAAAAAUGGUAAAAGUUUUUAAAAAAGUUACAUGAUAAAAGUUUAAAACAUGAGAUGUACAUCAAUAAAAACUAAGAAUCUAAAAUCACUUAAAUUAUAAACAUAUAUUUAAUAACAUGCAGGUAUGUAAGCUACUUUUCAAUUGAAAACCAAGCGCUUCCAAAUAAGUACCUUUCAAAAUCUGUCCUGCUCUGGAUCAGAUAUAACGCAGCUGAAAAAAUUCCGCUCAUCAAUUUCUCGUCACAUAAAAGUUGUCAUCUAUUCAGCAGAGCAACAUGAGCCCUAAGCUAAGCUCUCUCCUCUCUUCACGGCCUAGCGCUUGUAUUUUCAUACACUUCUCCGCUGUUUGAUGUCAUUUCUGGUUCUAAAGUAAACCAGUUUCACCAUAAACUGACUCUCUCGUUUCAGUGUACAACAACACAAACGUACAUAAAUGUUUCACGAUUAACUACCCCUUUUACCCCCUUACAACCCUAUAAAAUUAAGGAUACCAAUACAGUAUUUGCCAUCUUUGUCCCCGCUUUUUGCAACAUAUAUUUGUCCACAGCAAGUUUGAUCUAUUUUUUUGUGCAGUUUUUUGUUCAUUUGAGAGGACGGAUGUUGACUGUUUCAGGUGAAUGUCGACAACUGUCGUUUCGAGCUUCCCUCUCGUUUACAGCUAAACGUCUGCAGAACCACACAAUAAGAACUCAGCGGGUCCUAGAUGUAAAUAGCUGCGAGCGCCUUUGUUUCUGGGAAUCUAACUGCGUCAGUAUUAAUUUCAAAGAGAAAAAUGGGAGCUGUGAGUUGAACAAUGCAACUCAUCGGAGGUAUGAUUAUCACCUUGUGGACGAUGCUGACUACGUAUACCAUGGAGCAGAUGUAAGAGUACAUCAUAACAUUUAUAUUUAGAUUUAGAUUAGCAAAGCCAAAAACGAAGCUCUCGUGUGAACUGUGAAGAAAUGUCUUUCUGAAGUAAAGUUUUCUAAGCCUGCGAUCAGUUGAGUACCAUAACCGAGCAGCAGAAAAAUUAACUAAAACACGUCACCUCAAUGAAUUUUUCACCUGAGCAAGCGAUACAGUCAUGUGACACUGGUCAGCAGAUACCCUAUUGUGACAGUUGUCAAUAGAUCAUAACAUGGAUGCGAGGCAUUUCACACCCGGUAACAUGAACAAGCGGAAGUACGAACGGACGAUUUUGUCGGAACCAAAUUUCUUGGAUGCAUAGGUUGCAUGUUUACCAUUUACAAAAAGUUUCUAGAAAAUCCGGUUGGAUAAAGCAAAUGGAACAAAACGUUUUGGAUAGUUCCUGCGGACAAUUUCCAGGAGCAACGGAACACCUGAAAAGGUAGUCCUGUUUUUCGGGACGGAAUAUUCCAAACGGAAAUUCGUCUUCCAUUUCUUAAGAGUCACCCUUGAUACCAGCUUCAAGGUCGUUUUUCAGUAAAUGGAAGUGAUUUGUACAAAUGGCAAAAGCGGUUGCGGGACGAAAUGUUCAAGUCCUCAAUUUUGCUUACCAUUUGCCUAAACUGUGGACCGACCGGUUUGCUCGUGUAAAUGCUAAACAACCAUAGAUUAGUAACCGAAUUUUCUUAUCCAUGGUGCUGCACUGUCAACUACGCCACAAGAUUCAACUGUAAAAUGUUUACUAGUAAUGCCUACACCUGGCUUCUGACGCACGUUCCUAGGAGUACGUUCCUUUAGGUUGAUCUAGAUUAGGAUCACUGAUCCGCGAUCACUCGGAUCAUGUUAGAUCAAGUGAACCAAUGAAUCCUUGUCCAGAGUGGAUUCAUCGGUUCAUUUGCAUUUGAUCUACUAUGAUCCGAGUGAUUUGAUCCGGAUCUAAAGGAACUUAUGAUCCGCCUGGGUGAUUUGACCUCCCUUCCGAUUUCAACUGAUCCGGAUCAUCUUAAAGGAACGCGAACCCUAACCGCGGUUUGCGGGACUUUGGGUUGACGUUCAAAAACGAUUUAGAUUGUGCAUUAAAAAGUGGCCCUGGCCAUUUGGGAUAUUUGAAAAUAAAAGAAAUUUUCCUAACACCCUUCCGAUUUCAACCAUUUUGAAUGAAAGGGUUUAUCAAAUUUGUAUUUCGGCCGAAUUUUGUGCUUCUGUUAAUGGAUAAAGACUUUAUUUUUUUUGUAUCAUUACGUGAGAUAAAACAAGAAUUAUACGCUAAAAGCUUUCAGGUAAAUGACCUACGUGAAAACCUACCUCCCCACGUUGAAAACGCACGUCGUCAAACCUCAAACGUGACGGCCUUGAUGACCUCCAGCGGUUGACCGAGCGAACUAAAACUCUCUAAUACAUCAAGACCGAGGUCUGAGAUUUCCCUGUAACGACCAAACGGACGAGGUCAGUUAGUUGUUUAUUAUAUGGCCUUUUCUCUAUGGACUGCCUCAGUCAGCAUGCGAUCAAUUAAAACCGGCAACUGGCCAGUAGAUAACACGUCACCUUAAUGAGUUGUACACUUGAACCCGCGACACAGUCAGGUGACACUGGUCAGCGGAUGUCCUUUUUUGACAGCUGUCUGUAUGGCCAUAGGGAUGUCCACUAUUGUAUAUGCCUUGGAAACCUUGUUAGUAAUGCCCAGUCAUUACAAGAAAACAGCCAAUCAUAUCGCGCAUACUAUUGUAGCCAUGUAAAAACUAGGAGAGGCUUUUUUUGAAAAAGUACCCCACUUAAUACCCACACUUUCUUUCCUGUAUGCAGAUCGGAUGCAGAAAUAGACAACAGCAUGUCUACUCGGCAGAUUUAGUCAACACAACAGCAAAUGUGAACAUGAUAGAGCGCUGAAAGGUGAAAGCGAAUUGCAGAGCUUUGAUUAGCCUCUCGGCCAUGGGUCAUUUCGGUUUUUAGAUCUGCGCGAGCCUAUGUCACUGUCGUCACAUUGUCUAAUUUGCCAUAUCUGCCGACUGUCCUUUUUGUGGGUAGGAAAUUUUUGCAUGUCUUACCCAGACAAGUUUCGCUUUAAUUACUUAGAUUUGCUACAUCAUUUAAUACCUUUUCAUCUCAUUCACCGUUCAUUUGUUUCUUGAAAGACUGCUUGUGACGACGUCAAUCCAUGCCAAAACAAGUCUACCUGCCAGUCGGGAUUUACAGACAAACGGUAUAGUUGCGUAUGUGCGCCGGGUUUUACCGGCGAAGAUUGUGGACAGGGUAAGAAUAAAUGAAUUGAAAACGAUUUUGUUUUUCUACCAUUCCUUCUAACACCAUUACCUGAAGGAUGCUGCUGAUUAAGAAUUAUUUUAAGAGCCAGCUUUGAUUUCAUUUGUUAUUGUUACUCAAAAGAAGUAAAAUAAAGCUAGGGAGUACUCUGUAUGAACCCUUGCUCACAACUUUGUGAGGUCGUCAGGACGAACGAAAGCACACUCGGGGACAAUUAAGGGGGCAGAAUAUUGCUUUCUGGAAAGAACAAAAAGAGCGCGCAUGGCCUUCCUAGUUUACUUGGCAACCGAGUUAAAGGGGAACUUAAAUACUCGUUUUCCCUUCACCUAACACACAGAUUUUAGCUACACACACAAUUUUUUGUUUCAAGAAUAAAGUUGACAAAGUACUUUUUUCAUGACAAAACAAAUGAAACAAUAAUUAUUUGUGCUUGGUUCAGAAAUAUUGUGAUUCACAGAAUGACAUGACUGUGCUUUAGGCGUUGUUUUGAGACAAUUCAGUGGGAUCGCUUGGCUGUUGUUUGCUUGGUAGCUUUAAGCGAGCAACUCCUUUCAAAUUUUGUCCUCAAAUAUUUCAUCUGUGAUAUAAAUGCUAUCUGUCGGAAUAGUGAAGGAUCUUACCAGUGUUCAUGUAAGGAGGGGUUUGCUGGUGAUGGCAAGGCUUGCAAAGGUAAAGCGAAUAACCUAUAACCUAUUAAAAGUAUAAUAACCUAAAGGUGUAGUUCUACUAUAAACAAUUCGUAACUAUACGUGCGUCUAUUUAACAAUUAUUCCAUAAGGGCGAGAGGAAUAAUUGUUUUAGUAAAAUACAACUAGUUGGUCAAAUAUGUCGAGAAUAAAAAAAAUUUAGCUAGUUAAAGCUAGACUUUAAUCCCUUUUUGUCGCCAAAAAGCCCGCGCUUUUCGCUACUAGUGGGCUACAAGAUAUAACCUAGUAGUAGCUCAACCAAUCAGAACGCAGCAUUGAUAAUAGACCACUAGUUGAAUUUUACUAAUGAGGAAUAACUAGACUGAUUGAAUCAUACAUAUUAGAUCAAGAAUUGAGAGGAAACAUAAAGAGGGGGAAAAAUCAAUGUAGGGAUAUGGUAGAUGGGUUGAAAUGAUUUGCAAAACAUUUGAAAAGAAAACAAAACUAUCUGCAAAUAUUUAAAACAUGUCUGGAAGUGUUUUUUCUGACAUCGAGACGCUCAUUGACAGAUUGUCUAAAGAAGACGGGUGGGAGUGUUUCGUUUGAUAUUCAAUCACCGAGAUUUAACAAACACGCACGAAAUCCCAGCACUGUGACUGCGUGUGUUCAAAAACGGAUGGCAGAAUCUAGUGAGAUAUCCAGACUCUCAGAGGUGAUAUACCAAACAGAUGAAGGAGCGUUUCGUCUGAUAUCAGGACAAAAUGGAAAGUGAAACACGAAUCACCAGUGGGAGUGUUUCAUCAAUAUCCCGCGGCCAGCAGUGGAAAUAUUCAAACACGAGUGGGAGUGUUUCAACUGAUAUCAAGACACAAUUGAAGUUAUUAAAAAGAGCGGCGACCCAUUUUUCCCGCCGAUUCUGAUGUUUCUGAAUAUUGGUUGAAACACGUCAUUUUAGCAGGCGCGUUUAUAUAUAGCUCCUCAAAUAAUCAGCUCUAUUCAAGUUUUAGAGAAAUUCAUUCUUGGAAAUUCGAAACAUGCUAUGACGAUCAACAUUCCAUUUCUUUGUUUCUCCUCCAUGUGUUGUUAACGAGUUUCAGAGACGCCACCUAGAAUUUAUAAUGUACUGUUAAUCGUGUGUUUGAUUUUGCUGCAUUAAAAGAAUAUAAGCAGGCAUACAUUUCGUCAUAUUUUUUAAAUGCAAUAAGAUGAAAAUAAUCUGUUGCUCAUUUCCUCCAGCUUACGAAACCGUUGGAUGUUAUAAGGACAACGCAAAUCGAACAAUCUCAAGUCUAGAAGGACAGGACCCAAUUUUAGAUGGACCAUUCACGGAACGAGAAAACGCCAUUUCCAAAUGCGCGUCGGCUGCCAUCAAAGCGGGUUUCAUUAUUUUUGCAAUUCAGGAUGGUGGUCAGUGUCUCUCAAGUGCCACAGCACCGCAAAAGUUUGACAAAUAUGGAGAAUCAAAUGAUUGUCAGUCUGAUGGGGAAGGAGGAGUGAUGGACAAUCACGUUUAUUACAUCAAAGGUACGAUAUAA